AUGAUCCAGCCUUUUCCAGUAAACGCAUCCAGUUUCCUCCCAGCCUCCCUCCCGUCCUGCCUCCGGCAGAAACUCUCCCCCCUCCCGAGAAAGAGAUGGCGCGGGGUGGGGGGACGACCCUCUUCCUCAGGUCUCCUCCCCCAGAGAUGGUCGCGGGAGGAGGAGGCUGUCCAUCGGCGAGAAGGGCGGGGGCUGGCGGCUCCUGCUCUCCUUCCUUCCCUCCCUCCUUCUUUCUCUCCCUUUCCAAGUUUCUGCUCCUCCCUCCUUCGCACAAACUUUCCCGUCGCUCUUGCUCGGCGCCCGGCUAGAGCUCCUUUCGGUGCGCGGCGGAUUCCUCAGCCAGCCAGCCAGCCAGCCAGCCAGCCGCGCCUCCCCCCCUCUUCCUGCUGCCCUGUCACCUUCUCCCCCCCCCCUCACCCAAAAGAUCCAGAGCCACAAGCGGCUGCACCGGCGGGACCACCACCCACCCUUCCCCGGACGGAGCACGGAGUAAGUAAGCAAGCAAGCGGGCGGGCGAGCGCUCCCAUCCCGGCCUUGGAAACUCUCCGGGAGAGGAAGGAGAGGAUUCGUCUCUAUUGCGCCCCCCUUUUUCCACACAGAUGUCCCGGGCUGCGGGGGGAGUUUUCCCCGCCCCCUGCCCCUUCCCAUAUUUAUCCACCCCCAGACCCAAACCUCGACCCCCCCUUUCUCCCGCCCAUGGAAUUGGUCACGCUAGGAAGAGAAAAGUUGAAGGGGGGGGGGGAGCCCAUUUUCUUUCUACCCCCUUGCCCCCCUCCCCGGGUUUCAGCCAUGCCUUGUUGCGGUUUUCCUCUGGGAAAGAACAUUGUAUCCACCACUUUAUGUCUAUGGAGCCUGUCUUGGGCAGCUACUCUUUCCUUGGGGGCAAGUUUCCCUGCUCUCAGGGCUCGCUUUGCUGGGAGCUCCAAACCCUUAAAAGAAAAAGGAAAAACAACAAAUCCUACACUGUCCUUUUGGGGGUACACUCAGAGAUGCCUGACGUCGAGUCAUGGUUCCUGCUCCGUUUCAAGUUCUGAAGUCCGUGGCCUGUAACAGAGCUGGAUUAAUUUCCUCCUUAUAUAUAGUUAUGCUUUGUCCGUCCCAGUUGGUUGUAAUCAGAGCCUGUCCGUCUGCCAAAAGGGCUUUCGUGUGUAUGAUCCAGACUGUAUAUUGAUAACUAGAAUGGAGCAUAUAUCUCUGUAUAAAAGUAGGUUAUAUAAUCUUUCUGGUCUCUCGGGCAUCACAGUGUUGCUCUUACGGACGUUGUGAGUUUUUAAAAAUCUUAUAAUAUUCAUAUUAUUUAUUAACAUCCAAGAGGAAGUCUUUUGAAGCAGGAUUUGUUCUCCAGCGUGCCUAUAUCUAUUGCCAGCUUGAACCUAGGCCAUAGGGCCGCUGUGUUGACAACUCAUGGAUUGCACAAACACAUUUCCUCAAUUAAUUACCUUUGUGUGUGUUAUGUGCGUAAUGCUGUGUUUCUCACUCGUUGGUCACGUGCGUAAAAACAAAUGCUUUAGUAGAUUCGUUGUAUGUGUAGAUUUAUGUUGUAUUGCGGAAAGUUACAUUUGGAAGUUUAUAGUACUGAUAUGUGUGUGUGUGUGUGAGAGAGAGAGAGAGAGAGAGAGAGAAGGGGAGGGUGGGGAGAAGGACGAGCAAUUUAAUUGGAGAGCGGGGAAGGGAGAGGAUAUGACAACUGUGUUAAUAUUGAAAACCCAAGAUGGGAUGGGCUUGACCAUUGUGUUAAAUAUCCACCCUAUAUCAGUCAUAACGGGAUCCAGUUCUGACUGAUUAGUUCUGGGCAGCUGACCUACAGUGUUAAUGGUUUAACAAAGAAAUAGGGAAGCUGUGAGAUCAGAGGGCAAAGAACUAAAAAGAGAGGUCUCUUGAGGGUUUCCUAUUGUCUGUCAUAAUCCUUGGUAUUUUGGUUGUUGCACCAGGGCAGGCGGACUAUGUCAGGCCCUUUCUCCCUUCCAUUUAAUAGUUUUCUCAAUGGCUGCAAUGUUUUGGAGGCUGCCGCUUGCCUGUUCUUUGUAGAGUUCUUAUGGAUGUGCAGGGGAACAUUAACGAGGGAAACUGGAGAGUUUCUUCUAGGUCAUAUACGUAGCCUCCUGUGAAUAAGGCAAAGCAUUAUUGAGGAGCUCUUGUAUAUGGGACUUCUAAGAGGGAGGCACUUUGUACUCCAGGCCACUUUCUGAUGGUGAGGCCUUGCAGGCAGGUUGCUGUUUGGUCAUGGCUCUGCAGGGCUGGAUGUAUGGUUGGUCCUGCAGGCCUAGACAUGCAAGAGCUUACACCGUUCAAGGGAAUAGCUAUCUCGAAAACAGCACCUGGGUUGCACUGUAUGCUACUGCAUGAAAUAUAACCUCCCAAAUAAAGACAUGCUGCUUUGGGGAGAUUGUUCCACCAUUGUCUUUUAAGCUGUCUAAGCUGUGAAGUUUGUGCCAUGAUGAAACAUAAAGAUAAUAGGGCUUUUACUUGCUUUUAGGUAUGGGGUAGGCGCUUACCUGUCCUGGGAAACUAAAGCAAGAGAUUGUGGGCAAGGUUUCAACUUUCCCAUGGUGAUUGUGAGCAAGACAUACAGCCAAGUAUAAUUGCAUGUACCCCAAUUUCCUCGUAAAUCAGUGCAAAUUUCCUAUGGGUGUACUCAAACAGUAUACACACUUACGUAUCUGGGAGUAAGCCCCACUGAAAACAACAGGAAUUUCUUCUGAAUAAACGUAUUUAGGAUUAUGCUGUAAUAUAUUGAUUUGAGUAAGUGCUUAAUAAUUGCAAUCACAGUUCCAGCGGAUAUCCGCCAAAUGUUUACUAGUAAACUCGGAGUGAUAUAUUUCAUUUCCAGAAAGCCAUUAGGCUCUGUGUUGUUCUAGAAAUAUUAUGGUUUAUUAUUAUGUAUUUGUAUUAUGGAAGCAGAAAAGAGCUAUUCUGAGUUUUUACUGGAUAUCACCCACCCCAAACCUCCUAAGAACAAGUUUGAAGUUCCCUCCCUUUUGUUUCAAAGUAAUUACAUUUAGCACCAACAACUGCUGUGUUCUGCCUUUGUAGCCCUGCUCUUCAACCUUAGAAGUGUCUGUAUAUUAACAUGCAAGGCAAGAUGGUGAUUAUUGGGUCAUUUAUAGCUUCUCCAUACUUUCUUAUUUAUAUAAGGCUGUAGGUUUAGUCAUAAAAGGUCAGUUGGAGACUUCAUAAUGAUAUGCAUGCCUGUGGGUCUCUGUGUCUCCAGAAAUGUUCUCUUUAUGGAGGGUUAACACUGGUGUUGAAACUACGUAUGUGUCGUGGGGAUCUGAAAUCCAUUGACUUCCCACAUUAGCAAGUUUCAAAUCCAAUUUUGAACCUGAAGAAGUGACUGUAAAUCUUACUAAACUUAAGCCCAAACUUCCUACCUUUUGGUAAGAAAACAAACUUUUCAAUCUGUGAAAUUCUUGGAUGUGAAACCAUAAUUUCACUACACCAUUUUAAUUUUGCAGACAUAUUGGCUUUCAUGUUAUAAGAUUUAUAGCUUUGGUUAGAAAGUUUUUACAUUACUUUACUCAACACAUGAUUAAAAGUAUUGCUUAAACUUGGAAGUUAAAACACAUUAAAAUGCUACUGUAGACAAGUUGCUGUAUAUUUUGAUAGGCGAUAGUUGGUGUUUGGUAGUUUACAUGCCCGCUGCACCAUUUAAAACUUAUUUCCACUUUAUUAAUAUUCCAGUUACAGAAAGGGAGUCAAAUAGCUGCUAGCUUUAAUAUUUUCAAAGGCAAAAUUAGAAGACAAUACUUAUUGUCUCUCUCCUGCAGAAGAGCAACAAGCUGUAAACCAAAGUACAAAUCUUAGUUACAGCUUGCGGUUUGUCUACAGUGAGACAAACCAUGAGUCCCCGUUCAGACAAUGUGCUAAGCCAAAUCAUGACUUAGUUUACACAGUUCAACAGCAUCAGAGGAGGAGCAAAGCGACUGGUUUCUUUGGCAGCCUACAUGCUCAUGCUAAACCUACUUUCUUUCUUUUUUAUAAGAUAUUUAUUAAGAUUUUCAGAAAAUUACAAUAUAAAAAUGAAAAAGAAAAAGAAAAUACAAAAUAAAAAUGAUUAAAAACCACUCAGUUUUUCCAUUACUUAUUUUUCCUUAGCUUGUUUCCUGGACCUCCUCGUACCUCCCUUUUUUGUAUUCCAGUUCAAUUUGUUGGUUCAGCAAAUCCGUACCCUCUUUAUUUAUCCUAGUCUUUGGUCUUAAAAUAAUAACGUUAGAUUUUUACCUGUUAACAACCCAUUUUUCAUAUUCCCUUGAAGCAUUACAGCUGGAAACCACUUAAUUUCUAUCCAACAUCAUUCUAACAUUCAUUAAUUUUACAAUAUUUCUGUAGGUAGUCUUUGAAUUUCUUCCAAUCUUCUUCCACCGACUCUUCUCCCUGGUCUCGGAUUCUGCCAGUCAUUUCUGCCAGUUCCAUAUAGUCCAUCAGCUUCAUCUGCCAUUCUUCCAAAGUGGGUAAAUCUUGUGUCUUCCAAUACUUUGCAAUGAGUAUUCUUGCUGCUGUUGUGGCAUACAUAAAAAAAGUUCUAUCCUUCUUUGGCACCAAUUGGCCGACUAUGCUAAACCUACUUUCAGGCAGACGUAGGGUUUUGGUCUUAAGCACCCCCAAAUGUAAGAGCACAACCAUUUUAAACUGCCAGGGACCGUGUGAUUUUUGCCUAGAAGUCUGACUUCAAACUGAGCUAGAAGUAAUGGCAAUUGUCACAAUCUGAUACAUUUUGUGAAACAAGUUUGACAGCUCUUGGUCCAGUUUCCUUGUGAGACCUGAGCUUGUCUUAUAGAAACCACCAGUCCUAUUGACAGUAACUGACCAUCCCUAAUUGCACUUUCAGUAGAGAGCAGAGACUGGAUGUGCCAAGGAUCUGGAGUCUUCUCCCCUACUUUUGCUGUGUUUGGGAAUACUGUAUAGACAUGUCAGAUGAGAGCUUUCCCCUCUUGCUGUUAUCUGGCUUGCUUCAUAUGAGCAAACUCUUGAGUGGGAUGCAUAAUGAAUUGAUCCUACUUGGAUGUGAUUCGUAGAGUGCUGGUUACUAGGUCCUUUCACAGUCUCAUUGUAAUAACGCAGGUCAGAAAAGGCCAUGUGCAGAUUUGUUCAUCAAUGUCUAUAAUAUUGGUGUUCCUUUGUGGCAGGGGUUUGCGGACCUGUGACCCUGCAGGUGUUUGUUUGUUUGUUUAUAAAAAUAUUUAUAGAUCACUAUUUCAUAAAAAUUAUCAAUGUGGUUUAUAAUAAAAAAUAUUUAAGACCAGAAAGUAUUUUCUUUAAUCAUACUACUAGGCUGAGAUUUGGGGCCAUUAUGGCUCCCCUUGCCCGCAGCAUACACUUACCAAAUGUAUAUUCUAUAUUUUAGGUGCAUCCUUCAUAUAAUCUAAUUCCAUGUGUAUCUGUGUUACCUUGGACAGAAGAAAUGCUGAGUUCACUGAACCUCAAUCAGGGAUGCUGAACAGUGAUAGGCCUAGAUAUCGGAGGCAGGUAUAGGGCUACCAAUGGACUAGGGAAAAAAUUAGUAUUUAUCUGCUAUAUAGGCAAAGUGUAAGGGUAGGCUUCAAUAAAAAUUAAACAAGAGAUUGCCCUCAUCUUCUGCUUGCGGACUUCCCACAGACAUCUGAUUUCACACUGUGAAACCAGGAUGCUAGUCUAGAUGGGCUUUUGGUCUGAUCCAGCAGAGUUCUUAUGUCAGAUUGAUUUGCAGACAUUAACAGGUGACACUUUUCAUAGCAUGGAGAUAAGCACGUUGCUUGCUCAUGUCUACAAGCCAUAUUACACAAGAGCCAGGACCAGUGAAAAGGUGUGCAACCUUUUCCUGUAAUUGACUGGCAUGUAUGAUGUGUAUUAUGCAAAAAAAUAUAUAUUGUAAUACAUUUUAAUUUCCAAUAAAAUAAUGUGUUUUGAAAAGUGGCUAACCUUAGGCAAGUAAGGCCAUUUAAUCUACAGUCUGAAUAGUUAACUUUUCUCUAGAAACAUCAUCAUUGGAUGCAGGUGAGUACAUUUGGAAGAAUUCGGUUUAUGCUUGAGAAUGCACCAAGGAUGGGGAACUUUUUUGAGCCAGCUUUGACUAGUGAGUGGGACAGUUCAUCUAUCAACCUCUGGAUUGGCCCAUAGCCUGGACAUUCUUCAUGCCUGGUCUACAUGGACUGGUAGCAGCUCUCCAGGAUUUCAAACGGGGGGUCUGCCAGCCUUACUUGGAGAUGCCAGGGAUUGAAUUUGGGACCUGGUGCAUACAACACGGGAUGUGGGUGGUGCUGUGAGUUAAACCACAGCGCCUAGGACUUGCUGAUCAGAAGGUCAGCGGUUCCAAUCCCCGCGACGGGGUGAGCUCCUGUUGCUCGGUCCCUGCUCCUGCCAACCUAGCAGUUCGAAAGCACGUCAAAGUGCAAGUAGAUAAAUAGGUACUGCUCUGGCGGCAAGGUAAACGGCAUUUCUGUGCGCUGCUCUGGUUCGCCAGAAGCGGCUUAGUCAUGCUGGCCACAUGACCCAGAAGCUGCACGCCGGCUCCCUCGGCCAAUAAAGCGAGAUGAGCGCCGCAACCCCAGAGUUGGUCACGACUGGACCUAAUGGUCAGGGGUCUCUUUACCUUUACCUUUACAUACAACACAGAUACUCUGUCAAUGAGCUGUGGCCUGUGGUGCUGGGAGCACUCUAGUUUUCUAACUCUGUUGAGUGGGGACAAAGACAUUUGACUCUUUUCCCUGUCAAAAUGAUUGAAAGCACUCACACAUGUCCUCUACCUUCUGCAGUAAUGGACCAUGGUGUAACUGUCAGGAUUUUGGAGGGGCGUUAAAAGAACCCUUCUGCAUCAGCCCAAAGGCCUUUAUAGUCCAGCAUUUUGUUCCCACUGUGGCCAACCAGGUGCCUAUGGGAAACCCGCAAACAGUUCCUGCAUGCAUUCAAGAUGGUCAGCCUUAUAAUUUAACACUCACCUUGUUACCUAUGGCAAGCCAUUGUUGCCCUUAAGUUAAAAAAAGAAAACGUUCCCAAGGCAGCUGAGAACCGCAACAAUAAACAAAGAGCAAAAUAACCCCUGCCAGGCUUAAUUUGGCAUGUGCACCACAGGUUCCCUAUGUCUGCAGUAUGAUGCACAAUCUUAUACAGCCUUGUGCUAUCAAAUGAGGGGCACUGUAGGAUGAGAGAAAUUAGAUAUACAUGGUGAAAUGUCUAGCAGUUUGAGCUUUGUGCAUUUACUCAGAAGUAAGUCCUGUCAAAUGCGAUGGGUAAGCCUGAUGAUAUUGCCUCCUAAUGGUGUAACACUGGGCAACAGAAUAAAUGUUAUGAGUAAAUGCUGUGGAGGGAUGUAGUGUGAAGGAAAAUAAAUUACUGUUGUUGCUAUCUGGAGAUCCCAGCAUCUUCAACCAAAAUUUAUAGGUUUGUUUGUUUGUUCAUUGUUUGUUUGUUACUACUACUACUACUACUUCUACUUUAUUAUUUCUACCCAGCCCAUUUGGCUGGGUUUCCCCAGCCACUCUGGGUGGCUUACAGCACAUAUAAAAACAUAAUAAAACAUCAAAUGUUAAAAACUUCCCGAUACAUUGCUGCCACCAGAUGUCUUCUAAAAUUUGUGUAGUUCUUUAUCUCCUUGACAUCUGAAAGGAGGGCAUUACACAGGGAGGGCGCUACUGCUGAGAAGGUCCUCUGCCUUAUGACAUUUGUAUCCACUAAGACUAAAGUUCUGCACAACAUCAAAUGAUUAAGUAAAAAACCACUUUAAUAUAAAGGAAAACACGAAACCAUUAAAGGGCAGAAACUACAUCAAUACAACAGAACAGAACUCAUCACCCCCAUCCUCCAAUUAGAAAUGGGUUAAAAAGUUAGAUCCAGAUUACCAAAAUUACUUAAAAGGUCCAGGUGAACAUAAAGGCCUACAACUGGUGGUGAAAAGACUACAAAUCUGGUGCUAAAAAAGCUUCCCUGUGAAGAUUCUGUAAUCAGAGAUAGAUAAAACUUAUAUUAUUUAUACCUCACCUGUCUGGCUGGGUUGCCUCAGCCACUCUUUCUGGUGAUUGCAGGUCUCACUUCAUUUGCCAUUGGCACCUGGAGUAGAGCUUUUGAAGUUUUGGUGGAUGCGUAUGGGAGGUGAUGGUCUUACAGUUAGCCUGGUCCCAAGGUGUUGGGGGCUUUGAAGGUAAAAGCCAGCACUUUAAAUUGGACUCAGAAGCUGACAGGGGGCCAGUUUAGCUGACAAGGCACAGGUGUAAUACAGUCAAGGCAGUCCAGUCCCUGUUAAUGAUCUUGCGGCCAUGUUCUGGACCAACUGCAUUUUUAAAGACAGCACUGUGUUGCAAUAACUUAUGAACAGGGUUACAAGAGUAUGGGUAAUUUUGGCCAAGUGAUCUCCCUCCAGGUACGGUCACAGUUGGAUAUAAACUGAAACUGCCGAGAUCACUGGAGCCUCUAAUGGCAAUGUUGGAUUAAUAAGUACCUACAGACUAUGAGCCUGAUCCUUUGGGAAGAGUGCGACUCUAUCUAGAGCAAGCUGAACACCAUUCACCUGGGUGGAUGAACCACCAGCCAACAAUACCUCCAUCUUGUCUGGAUCAAGUUGACCUUCAUCCAGUCCAUUACCAUGCUUAAACACUAGUUCUGGACAACCACAGCCCCACCUGUCUGAUGAGAACUAGAGAUAAAGCUGGGUAUCAGCGGUGUAUGGGUGAUGCUUCAGACAAGAUCUCCUGAUGACCACUCCCAGUAGUUUUGCGUAGAUGUUAAACAUUAUGGGAGGACAAGUUGAACUCUGUGGAACCCCGGCACUCUCCAGUGAAAAUAAUUAAGGCAAAAUAUUGGAAGUGAAUUUUUGACUCCUCUUUCUUUUCUUUUUUUUAAAGCACUGAAUUAAGACUAGGAUUUUCAUGAACACCUGGCAGUAAUCUAAAUCCACCCCCAUACAAGUCAUUGGUGAAGUUUUGCUAGGUGAUGUCAGUGCUAAGUUAUUUAGAUUUUCCUCCUUUGGGUGACAUGAACAGGAUGCUCUACUGGGUCCUGUUUUUAAUCCAGAUCUCCAGAAUACAUAUCUGCUUACUGCCACAUUGGGCCACAAACACUGCUUGUAUGUGACACAGGUCAUUAUAACUUUAGGUCUCUGCCGAAACAUGCUAGAACAUGAUUAAAACACUUACAAAUGUUAUAUAACAACAACAACAACAACAAUAGAAAAACUCCAAUAACAACAAAGGCUGAAACACUUAGUUGAUUUAUGGGUUAAUCAGUUAACAUAAUUUAAUUGAUUCAGAAGGUGUCUUAAAUUACUUGGGCAGCAGCUUUAGAUAUAGAUAUAGCAGAUGUUUUCAGGAGGUAUGCCCCAUAUGACACAUGUUGCAACAUGUGUACGUAAUCUAAAAACAGGGCUAUUGUGUUCUUAUGCAAAGUUAAGCAGGUUAAAUAAAGAUUCCUCUUGUUGCUUGUAAGAUAUUAAUGGCGGGCGGGAACAUACUAGGCAGUGUUUGUGCUUGCCUGUGCAUAGAUCAGUCUUCCCCAUCCUGGUAUCUUCCAGAUGUUUUGGCAUACAACUCCCAUCAACCCUUACCAUUAACCUUGGUAAGGGAAGUUGCAGCCCCAAACAACCAAGGGUGUUUGGAGGGCACCAAGUUGGGCAAGUCGGUCCUAGACAAUGGACUAGUUUUGAUAUAACACAAACCAUAAUUUAGUGUUGUGAGAACGAGCCUUCCCCAAGGCUCAUGCACCUCCCUCCAGUGUGGCCCCAAAGAGGAGUUCGGAAGCUUUCAUUUCUGUUUUAGAUUAACUGCAGCUUCCUGCAUUGUCUAAACCUGCAAAAACGGUGGUUCUCUUAACUAUAGUGAGUUGAAACAAGCCCACUUCAAACCAUAACUUAUGUAGCUGGCUUCUUCUUACUACUCAUAGUUAACCCUCACAGCAGUUUAGGGUUCAGACAAGACAUUAAACUGCUGUUAAUGUGAAAGAGAAAAGAAGAGGGAGUGUGAGAACUUGAGGCAAUGCUUCUUUUUGUGUCUGAAUGCAACCAUUGAUGUUAACCAUUUUGCCACCCGUGGUAGAGUGGUGGAAGGAAUAUUUUGUUUUAAACUUGCUUAUAUGGAUUUUACCAUAUGGUGUUAUGCAUUUUUUAAAUUGUAAAUCACUUUGAUAUUCAUCAUUGCAAUGCUUUAAAUUAGGUGAAUGUCAUGUAGCACAACUAUCACGUUUGUCUGUAUCAUCCAACACUAAGAGACUAGCCAUGUAAUUUUAAAAAUGAUGAUACUGCAAUCCAUUCCUUGUUGUCAAUCUGAUUGAACUUUCUGAGGUUGAAAAUAUUUCCCCAAACUCAAGGGACCCAGUUGUUAUUUCCAUAAAUUCACCCCCUCCAAGAAAAAACAAGUUUUGGUACCAACCCUCACACGUUUCCAGUGGUGUAUUUAAGCAUCCGCCUGGUAGCCAUAGGUGACAAAGAGCUGCAGACAUGCACGUGAGCAUGGAUGGAUGGAAGAUGGAUGGAGCACGCCAUCCCUCUGUGACCAGCACAGAAACCUAAGGGGACUACUCAUGGAGCACCCACAUAGAAGUGGGCUCCUGUUGCAGGCGGGACAGAGCCCUUAAUGGCUUAAUCCCUCCUCGGCAAGCCUCCAGCCUCUAUUUAAUUUGGAUAAAGGCUCCAUAGCUCAAGUCUGAGGUUCAUUCUCCGGCAUCUACAGGAAUGUCUGGGGAAGACUUCUGCCCAAAACCCUGAUGAUCUGCUGCGUCACUAUGCACAACACUGAGCUAGAUGGAUCAGUGGGUCUGAUUUGAUGUAAGGCAGCUUCCUGGUUUGCUUCCUAAUUCUGACCGCUAGUGUUGAGAGGUAUUUCAAUAAAGCCAUAAGGCGGCUGCAAAGCAUUAAUGUUUUUUUUAAAAAAUAAAAAAAAUGGGUAUUGUCAACAUGUGUCAUCACUUCAUUUUUCAGCCUCCUUCCCCCAAAUCUUUUAUUGAAUAGAGGGAAUAUGAUACUGGUACAUGGGAAAUAUUAAUGCCUACCUUUUCCAUGUGGUGAACUUUACUUGCAUUCCACCUUCAGGCUUAUGAAAACUUUUGUUACUCCCAGGAUUACUUUUCUUCAAAGCUUGUAAUACGUUUUAUUCACAUUCUUACAACUAUUGGGUGAGGCAUGAUGUCGCAGUGUAACUGCUCUUUGCAUUAAUGUUUUAUUAACUGUAGAAUAGUAAAUUCAUAAUUUCUAUCCAUUUGAUAGAUUUUACAAAAGUAUUUCUGGGUGUCUUACAGUUGUGGUGUAUGUGCUUGGGUGGGGAGGGGGGGUGAGGCACCUCAAGCUUGUGCCAUCAGUUUGGAUGAACUGACCCUCAUAAGAAAUGAGGAUAUAAUAUAAAUGGUGUGUGUGUGUGUCUGCUUGAUGCAGAGCGACUGGGCUGCAUAUGCUUUGGAAAUGCACCUUCUGGUUGGUUUGUUUUUUUAUCCUCAUCACUUGACACAUUACCUUCUAAAGGAGUUACAGUGGUACCUCGGGUUAAGUACUUAAUUCGUUCUUAACCUGAAAGUGUUCUUAACCUGAAGCACCACUUUAGCUAAUGGGGCCUCCUGCUGCCACCGCACUGCCAAAGCCCGAUUUCUGUUCUUAUCCUGAAGCAAAGUUCUUAACCUGAAGCACUAUUUCUGGGUUAGCGGAGUCUGUAAUCUGAAGCGUUUGUAACCUGAAGCGUAUGUAACCUGAGGUACCACUGUACUUGCUCUUUUGUUUCUGGCAUAGGACUUGUGGACUUUCUGGCGUAGAACAGCUGCAGUGACAUCCCCAAGGACUUCUGAGGCUUGCUGCCUCACUGCAGAGGAAACUACCUAGGAGAAACAGGGAUAGAGGUGUUAAAACAGGCUUGGUUCUCAUUAGAAUUCUCAUAUUUAGGACUGGACAAUCUGCAGUGGAAAUAGAGGAGGAGCCCACCCUAGUUUAGCCUCUUCCAUCCCAUCGCUAAACAAACUCAAAAACAGUCUCCUUCUGCCCAGCCCAAAACAGCUCCACUGGCCUCUGCCUGAGGUGCGAGGUGCCUAUGAGCCAGCUUCCCAUUCUACCUAUGAGCUCCCCAUUGGCAGUAGCCCACAGAAAAUCCUAAAUUGGGGCAUUCUAGGGGUACGGAGGGGUUGACUCAGACCAGGAUCCUCAGGAUCCACUGUUGUCACUUGACAGUAUUGGGAUUUACCUGGGUGUGAUUGCUACACUUUAUACACCUACACUUUAUAGCCUAUAAAGCAGGCCUUGCCUGCCCCCUCCCCACCUUCUGCCACAGCUGCCAUGAGCAUUGGGGCCGUGGAUUCGACAGUGGAGGCUCUGUUCUGCCCUGCCCUGCUGCUGUCUGGCUCAGUUUGGAUUGCUCUGCCAUGUAGCAUCUCUUAAUAUCUUCAAAGAUUUCCAGUCACCCAUCAAUUUACAGUGUUCUUUAUGCAUGUUAUAACGGAAGCAUAGGAAAUAUGCUUCUGAUAUAACACGACACGAAAUGGCCAGCCCCUAAAAUGUGCGUGUGAGAAUGAAUGUGUGUGUAGAGUAUAUUCGUGUGUGCAUAUGAGCAUGCAGUGGUACCUUGGUUCUUGAACAUAAUAUGUUCCAGGAGUCCAUACUCCCGGAACCGUUCAAAAACCAAGGCGUGGCUUCCGAUUGGCUGCAGGAGCUUCCUGCAAUCAAUCGGAAGCCACGUCGGAAGUUCGGCUUCCGAAAAACGUUAGCAAAUCGGAACACCUACUUCCGGGUUUGCGGUGUUUGGGAUCUGAUUUGUUUUGGCUACUAAGCCGUUUUUCCAAGGUAUGAAUGUAAAUGGUGGGUGCUCGGUAUGUGAAGUGGUGAGUGGGAUGUGUGUGACCCUGCCCAUUACCAGCUCUGAUCCUGUCCACAUUUCCCAUAGCCACUUUUAUUUUGGACCCGUCCACCUUUGGCAUGCAGCUCUUGGAAGGCUGGCCCCGAGGGAACGUGACUCUUUGUUUGACAUCGGUUCCACACUCCUGCCACAAGCUAUAGAAAGUGACACUAGAGCAACGUAUCUCCUCUGGCAUCAAGAUUUGAUUUGGAAUCUCCAUUUUACACUGCAAUAAUGGAAAAGCACAAUGUGUCUGCAUGCAAGUGAAAGAAGCAGUGUGUGCAUUCACCUGAGUGCUGACUUUUAAGUUGGGAGAAGGCUGAGGAGGUGGUAGAGGUGGCAAUGUACGGUAAUUAAAUUUUCUGUUACUGUCUCCGAGGUAUAUUUUGUACAGGACAGUGUCUGCUGUGCUGUUUGAACAUGAGUGUGUGCCAAUUUAGACACAUUUAGAUAUCAAAUGAAGUUUAUUGUGUAUCUUAUGCAGGUGUUCUGCUGUUUGUAUGCAUCGUGGUAACUUGCAUGUACUGUGCAAUAAUUAUUUUGGAAAUCUGGAUGAUCGUCAUCCAUUUGAUCUUUCUUUGUGAAAUUAGCAGCUAUCAAUCCCAUCCCUUGUCUAAAAUCAUAGUGCAGGAUAGUUGUCUCCCAGCAAUCUUCAGCUUGGGGAUAUUACCAGUGGUCUACAUUGCAGGAUUGUCAUAAGCCACUACGUUUGUUCUCUCCUCCAACCGGUCCGCAAUAUUGAUACUUGGAACUACAGCACGGAAGUGCCAUUCAUCAAUUGGCCUCAAAUACAUGGGUGACGGGGCUGCACUUCAUUGCAAGGUUGCUGUAAGCCACCUCGCACAGUCUUGGGGAAACACACUCCUCCCAUGACUCAGGCCUCAUCCUCUACAAUACAGGGGUAUCAACGCUAGAUAGUUUCUGUGUUCCUUCUUGAUGCUGGACACAUUGUUAAGGUCUUCAACAAGAAUUGAAUUUGAAUGUGAAGAUCUGAGUUUGAAAGAAGCUUUAGCUUCUGGUUUUUGGAGGUGGUGUGAGUGCAAUGCUGCCAAAUCACUGCAAAAAUGCAAUUCUGAAUUUCACUGUGGUCUCAAGUGAGCCCCUGUUGUUUUUACUACUCUAGUGAGAAGUAGCCAUGGUGUCAAAAGUAAGCAGGGAAAGCUGGCUUUCUGACCACACCUUUUAGUGGGGAACUUGUGCCCUUUCACAUAUUGUUGGACUCCAACUCCCAGCAUGGAAAUGGAGGGAGUUGUAGUCCAAUAACACCUGGGCAUCCUUCCCCCAAUAGUUGUGGUAUUGUUUGGUGCCUUAAUCAGUUCUCCAUCAAGAUAGGCUCAUGGGUUAAUAUCUGCCUACUUAUUUAAUUUUUCAGUAUUUCAAUCAUCCAGUGCAGAGAGUAAUGGUUCGUAAAAUCAGUUCAAUAUAUAAGCAGGUUUGACAAUUUGCUGCUUCAGCUGGUUCCCAUGUCUAUGUAGUUUGCAGCUGAUUGGAAGAGGCCAAGCUAAGAAUUUGUCUCUGUGCUGUAAAUAUGCUUAUGUGCCCAAUAGAAGCUUCCAUACCAGAGGAGCCAAUUUAUGGACUACUGUAACACGAACAAUUUUAAGUUUUUAGUAAGGAGUCCUGGUUUGAUUACUGUGCAUACAUUCUAGAAUUACCCCUGAAGUUUAGAGCAUCUUUACCUAAUGUGUUUUUUAACACAGUGAUAUAUUAUUCUGGGAUUUUAUUUUAAUGGCACGCAUAUAUUUUUGUGUCACGCUUCACAUGCCAUGAUAAACUCUGGUUGCCUUACAGUUACAUUUGUAGGAAUAUUGUGAUAUAUGAAGGAAUCCUCAUUUAACAGAUGGAAAUUAUUUCUGGCUAACAUCCAGGUCUGUCUUUGGUAGCGAGUCCAAGUGUUGUGGUAGUGGGUUAAUGAAAAGUCACAAUUCAGUUUUAUAUAUUCCUUGUCUGAGUUCUACUGAGCCCUUGGGCAGUUUAUUUGUAAUUUUGCCAUUCGCCCCCCCCCCCCCCCGGUCGCUUAGCUCUAAUAAGCUGCUUUUUCAUAAACUGGUUGUUCUUCAGAUACAUUCCCUAAACUGCUUUAGUGCAGCUGCUUCUCAAUAGCUUGGCACAGGGUUAACAUUUUUAUUGAUCACAUUGUAGAUAUUGAGGAUCUCUGUCCAACCUAGAAUUUUCAGUCUGGGGUAUGUGUGUUUGAGCAUGUUUUCAGGAGUCAAACACAUAUACCAUACUUUUCUCAGUUACAAACCAUGAAAAUGUCCUCUAAGUAGUCAAUAACCUGCAGGAAAUAAUUUUUGUUCCCUUACAAUAGUUAUUUGAUAAGUAUACCAUUGGCUGUAUGGAUGUAGAAUAACACGUAUGCAUGGCCAACUGGCUUCAGUGAUCUUUGAUAGUGUAUUUUAGGUUUCCAAUGGUCUGACCCACUCAUCACCUGAGUCUUUCUGUGCUUAAAACCAGGGCUUUUUUUCAGCAGGAACUCACCGGAACUCAGUUCCAGCACCUUGCAGGUGGGGUGCCAUUGCCAUUAUAAGAGAACAAGGGAAGCGUUCAUUGUGAGUUCCGGCACCUCUUUUUCUAGAAAAAUAGCACUGCUUAAAACCAUUCUUUUUUUAAUGUCUAUAUUUUGUUGCGUCUCAUAUUUCUUUAUUUGGCUGCAAAGUAGUUUUGAAAUGUAAGCAGUGGGUGGUUUUUGUUUUUGUUCUGGUAUAGAAAAGUUUUGCAUAUAAUCAGUUUAUUUUGCUGAAUAGGGGCACUUGUCAGUAAAAACUCUGAUUGAAUACAUACAGUUUCAGGGCCAAAAUAGUUCAGUCUUGGUGCAGAGCUUUGGGGGCAGGCUUUGGGGGGAGGGGCAGAACCGAGUUAUGUGCAACGAAAUUGGUCAGUUAGUUGUACAGUCAAACCUCGGAUCCCAAACAUCUCAAUUUUGGAACGUUUUGGCUCCUGAAUGUCAAAAACCUAGAAGUAAGUGCUCUGGUUUUCGAACAUUUAUCGGAAGCCAAACGUCCGACGCGGCUUCUGCUUGAGUGCAGGAAGCUCCUGCAACCAAUCGGAAGCCACGCCUUGGUUGUCGAACAUUUCGGAAGCCAAAUGGGCUUCCGGAACAGAUUACAUUCAACAACCGAGGUUUCACUGUAUUUUUAUUUAUUUACUUGAUUUUUUUGGGGGGGGGUAGCUGCCCCCUGCUAGGUAUGCCCAUGGAGCAGCUUCGUGAGUGUCAUGAAUUGUUUGAACGUUUUAAAGAGCAAGCUCAAACACAGAAACCCAGUCAAUCAAUUCUUAACUCUUAAGGAAAAAGUGCACCCAUUUCUCUUCCUCUUCUUUCCCCCUUAGCGGAGAGUUAAUGUUGCUAUUCUUUGGUAGUUCUUGGAGAUGAGAUCACAUAUAAUUGUAGAGUGGGAAGGGGCCCUAAGAGUCAUCUAGUGCAUGGGUAGGCAAACUAAGGCCUGGGGGCUGGAUCCGGCCCAAUUGCCUUCUCAGUCCGGCCUGCGGACGGUCCAGGAAUCAGCGUGUUUUUACAUGAGUAGAAUGAGUAGAAUUUUAUUUAAAAUGCAUCUCUGGGUUAUUUAUGGGGCAUAGGAAUUCAUUCUUUUUUUUUUUUUUAAUGUAGUCCGCCCCCCCCCCCACAAGGUCUGAGGGACAGUGGACCUGCCCUCUGCUGAAAAAGUUUGCUGACUCCUGAUCUAGUCCAACCCCCUCCAAUGCAGUAACAUUCAGGUGGCUUAUAUGGAGAUCAAAUUUUGGCGUUAUCAGUACCAUGCUCUAGCCCAGGCACCCCCAAACUAAGCCCUCCAGAUAUUUUUGGGACUACAAUUCCCAUCAUCCCUGACCACUGGUCCUGUUAGCUAGGGAUGAUGGGAGUUGUAGUCCCAAAACAUCUAGAGGACCGAGUUUGGGCAUUAAGGCAAGGGCCUGGGGCCUGUGCUGUAUUCUAGGGGUGGGGAAUCUCCAAAUGUCAGACUCUUAGCUCUCCUUCAGCUCCAGCCAGAUUGGCCAAUGGUCAGGGAUGAUGGAAGUUGUAGUUUAGCUACAUCAGGAAGGCCACUGAUUCCCUACUCCUGCUCUGUUGUAUUUUGUUUUGUUACACAGAAGCACUAAUGGAUCUGAACAGGAGCAAGAGUUUGGAGGUCAUAGGGAAUAGGUCGGUGACAAUGUGCACCAAUGUGUGGCAACUGUGAGAAAUGUGAAUUCCCAGUUGGGAUUACAAAUGGACCACGCUUGGAAUACUGUGUACAGUUCUCUUCACCUUUCAGAAUAGGACAACCAAAAGCAAACAAGGGGCUAGAGCCACUUGAAAAGUUACGACAUUGUAGAGGAGUGGGAAAAAAUUUCCACAAAUUUUUGAAAACAGUUGUAUACAGUUGAAAACGCUGGCAAACAGCAUGAUAUAUACAGUCAUACCACAAGUUGAAUGAGCUUCGGGUUGAGCGCGUUCGAGUUGCACUCCGCGGCAACCUGGAAGUAACAGAGCGCGUUACUUCCGGGUUUCGCUGCUCACGCAUGCGCAGAUGCUCAAAAUGACGUCACGCAUGUGCGGUAGCGGCGAAACGCGGCACGCGCAGACGCGCCGUCAUGUCUUGCGUUCCGUUCGGGAUACGAACGGGGCUCUGGAACGGAUCCUGUUCGCAUCCCGAGGUACCACUGUAUUGAAGUGGUGUAAGAUAGGAAAAUAGAAUUAGAUGGAUAUAUCAAAAUAUGCAGGAAUGGUAGAUAAGUUAAAUGAACACUGGAAGGGGCGGGAGGGAAGUGAAUGAAUGUAUGGUAUCAUAGAAGAUGCUCAAUUUGAAAUAUAAAAUGUGAAAAAUUAAUCAAAAUUUAAAACUGCAAAAAGAAAAGUUACAACAUUGUGAUAUUUGGGUAUUCGGAAAAAAGGAAAGUAAGAGGGGGUGGGACAUGAGAGUGGUGUACAAGAUUGUGCAUGGAUAAAGCGCAUAGGGAUAAGUUCUCCCUCUCACAUAAUCCUAGGACCCAGGGGCCGGACAAUAAAACUGAAUGUUGGAAGAUUCAGGACAGACACGUGGCGGUACCACAAAGUAUGGUAGUUAAAGCUUGAAAUUCUCUCCCAAAAGAUAUAGUGGUGGCACUAGAGUUCUGUUUUGUGUUUUUUUUGUCAAAGUUAUUGAGCUUUUCGGCAGGCAUUAUUUUUUUUUUUAAAAAGAGCUCUACUUGCCAUACGUAUGGGUUUUCACGGACAUUUUGCUGAUUCAGCAAAAAUCUGUCUGGAUGCCUUUUUUGGCCCAAAUCCCGGCCUUUUUUUUUUUUUUUGAAAACCCAGACUUAUGGCAGCCCUAGGUGGCACAAACAUGGGUGGCUUUAAAAGAGAAUUAGACAAAUUCAUGGAGAAUAAGGCUAUACAAAAUGGUUUCUAGCCAUGAAGGCUGUGUUCUGCCUCCUCUGGAAAUCACGAGUGGGGCAUGUGCUGUCGCAUUUGGGUCCUUCUUGUGGGCUUCCUGUAGACAUCUGGUUGACCAUUGUGAGAAAAGGAUGCCUUUGGUCUGACCUGGCAGAACUGCUCUUAUACUAACACGACACAAUUAGCACGAAUAGAUCCUCUGAAUGUUGACUAGCACAUUUUUAUCUUGUGUGGGCAUCCUGUUUUGAACUGGGUGUUUUGUUCUAGUUGAUCUUACUUGGAAGUAGGAGGGGGUUAAAAGAAGCUGAAAUAAACCAAUUUUAUUUUUCAAGGCCGUUUCUUACCUUGUGUUUCUCUGCUUCAGUACUAAGGCACACUGAGUCCAGUGAGGCUUUCUCACAUACAUGGAAAUGAGACUGCAGCCUUAAUCUGUAUGAUAUAAUCCAGAUACUGUUUGUUAGUUCUCUGUACUUCAGUUUGUUUCGUAAAUCCGCAGCAGCACUCUUAUUUGGGAAGUGCUGUGAAUUCUAUAAGUUUGUGAAGAGCUUUGAGAUAUGUUAUUGUUGCUUGAUGACUGUCUCCUCCCAUCUCCUCCUAAAUUAGAUCCAGCUGUUCAUAAUAGUCACUAACUUCCAGAGAAGAUGCUCAGAGUUCACAGGCAGAGAAUGACUUCCAGUUAGUGGAGGAUGGGCGGUAUUUUGCGUGCCAGCUCAUCUAACCACUUCUCCCCACCUCCCAGUAGCAGGAAAGGCAUAAGAAUCAAAUAAACUAGAAAUCUCAAGAGGGGCAAACUCCUUCACAGAACCACUGUGGGUGGCAGAAUCAGACCCAAAAGUAAUUUAGCGCUGUGUUAUCACACAUGCAAAGACCAAAAGGCUUGGGGUGAUCUCAAAUCAGGGAAGGAUCCAAAAGAGAAAGUGUUGUCAUAAUGGGUGACUUAAUGAGUAAAUGUGUGUUCAAGUCACAGCAAAAAAGUAAAAUUACCCUAAUUGAUUGUACUCCAGAAUUGCUGAUAAAGGAACGGAUCAGAGGAGAGACAAUCUUGGUCUUAAUUCUAAGUGGUGCUCAGAGUAAAUGUUGCUGUCAUGGGAUAAGAGACCAGGUUCUCUGGAUCAGUUGCUGUUAAACAACAAGAAAAAAAGUAGGAAUAAAUGGACACUUUUUACCAUGGAAGGUUAUAAGUUCCCCAAGGAACUGUUUUAGGACUGAUGCUUGUUAACUUGUUCAUAAACUACCUAAAGUUACAGUAGGGGUUAGUAAAGAGAGUCUGUACCCAUCAAUGAAGUCCAUUCCAACCUCCUUAGACCAUUAAGAGUUCUCAAUUAUUCAGCCUCAGUUACUUCACCCAUACCUGACCCCCCCAAUAUUGCCAGAUUCUAGGUAUCACUGAAGAGAUUGGGGCAACUGGCAUCUACUUGAUGGCAUCUAACUCCAUGUUUCCUCACAGCCUCACCCAGUGGCUUCUUACAGAUUUUGGACAGGCUAUUAUAUUGGUAAUCUCAGGACCAUCUGAAAAGGAUAUGCUAUGAAUGUCUAAAGAAUGUUCCAAUUGCUGCCCCCUUUUAGAAGCAUAAACUUAACAUUGCAGAAAUAUACAGAUAGCUAUUUAAGUCAGUCUGUUCAGUGUCUGAACUGAGUUUGUAUUGCGAAAGAGUAUGUGACUUUUUUAUGAAUUUCCUUCCCGUGUCCAGGAGACACAUCAAGCUUCAUGUGCAUUACUAUUUAGUUGUGCAGCGAAGUGUUUUAUAUGAAAGGUGCUGGAUAGAACUUAUGCAUUUGCCCAGGACACACAAGGAUGAUUUCUUGCAUAUGAAAUGUGCAUUACAUGAUAUGCACCUUCAUAUCGGGAUUAAUUAUGACAUAGCUGAGGUUCUGUGAAAGCGUUAGCAGAAUGUGUGACAUGGGAAAUUUCAUGCAAUCUGCAUAGAUAGAUAAACAACCUCGUUUUGCUGAGACUCUGUGGAUGGAGAAAGGUGUCUUUUCAAGUGGAGUUUGCCAUUAGCUUUCCUAUGCUAUAGGAAUUUGCUAGUCUGUGCCCAGUUUCUUUAUACUUCAUCCAGAAUGGGUUUAUGAAGAUCCAUUGGCUCAGUGUUCUGUCUGAUUUUGGUACCCUCAGGCCUGGUCAGGAAGCUUGGAUGGGAGCCUGCAAAAACCUGCCUGUACAAAGUGUUGCUCUGUACUAAGGGGAAAUUAGCCUAAUUAAGGCUGCAAUCUUAACCCUACUUACCUGGAAGCACUUCCCCCAUUGAAUCCAACAGGGCUGGCCUCUUUCUUAGGGUUGCACAUCAUUUGAUCUCCUUGACCCUGAGUCCUAAACUGAUUUAAGGGUCUUCAUAGGCUCUACUCUGAAUUUGUUGACCAUUGUGAGGGUGCCGAUGUGGUGCAUUAUGGGACAAGAGUCUAAGAUUAGCUUUAAAAGACUUUAACAUGUUGUAAACACCCUUUCUUUUAGAUGAGGGUAGUUAAUAAAUGGGUAAAAGCUGAACUUUCUCCCUCUUCCAAAGGAUUGUGGUGAACUCUCAUGUAGAUUGGUGGUUGAGAGGACAAUUUAGGUGAAAUUAUUCAGUGUUAACAAAGGUAUGCAGCAGUUUUUAGCAUCUUCCUGUAACAAAAUAAGGAAUGAAGUGUGAAAGGCAAACUUUAGAAAGUUGGAGUAGCAGUUUUAAUCCAUGGAUGUGAUUGCUGUGCCAGAAACAGAGAGCUGGUAUUCAUUCUGAAUUAAUUUCGUGAUUAAUUCCCACCCACCUCCAGCGUAACUUUGGCAGUAUGCACCAGCUGUCCACAGAGGAUUUUCAGUUAAGGAUCAUCACUCUUAGGAGAAGCGUUGCCACCCCUUUUUAAAAGGGGGAGAUUGGCUCCCUGGCAGGCAUUAUAACUUCUUUUAAAUGUACUGAAGUUUAUUUUUUUAUUUUUUUUUAAUGGAUGGGUGAAAAAAACCAACGGGUGGGUAUAUUGCAAUUUUGGCCCCAUAUAAUUGGAUUUUACUCCCACAGGAGUAUAAUCCCACACUUUGGUGGCUUUUAAACAUUGUUUCAUGUUUUUAGUUCUUGUGUUUUUCAUUACAGUGGUGCCCCGCAAGACAAAUGCCUCGCAAGACGAAAAACUCGCUAGACGAAAGGGUUUUUCGUUUUUUGAGCUGCUUCACAAGACGAUUUUCCCUAUGGGCUUGCUUCGCAAGACGGAAACGUCUUGCAAGUUUGUUUCCUUUUUCUUAACACCGUUAAUACAGUUGCGACUUGACUUCGAGGAGCAACUCAUAGAACGCGGUGUGGUAGCCUUUUUGAGGUUUUUAAAGACUUUGGUGAUUUUUGAAGCUUUUCCAAAACUUUCCCGACACCGUGCUUCGCAAGACGAAAAAAAUCGCAAGACAACAAAACUCGUGGAACGAAUUAAUUUCGUCUUGCGAGGCACCACUGUAAAUUGCUGGUUUUGUUAACAACUUUUUUUGUUUGAUAUCUAACAUUUAUUAAUUUCUUUAAGCCUCUCUGUGAGGAAUUCACCCUAAAAGGCCAGAUAUCAAUACAGGCAACCUUCAAUUUGCAUGGGGGUUGCUUUCAUGCCCCCCCCCAUGUCAACGGAGCAUGCAUGAGCCCACCCCCACCCCAUUAUGUCCCUGUUCUGCCCUCUUCCGGGUCCAAAACGACCCGCGCAUCGGCGGUCCCAUGUCAGUCGGUCCCCACCUGUACAUAAACAAUAACAUCAACUCUGUAGCAAACCCUGCUUAGAAACCGGAACAUCCAUGGAUCUGCCCGUGCUCCCUGCAAGAAUAGUCUAAGCCAUGGCACGUCUAGAGCUUUGCUUUGCAUAUACAUGCAGAACAAACUUGACUUAUAUCCUGAUCCUCUUGCGUGUUUACUCAUAACUAAAACCACACUUGGCUGAAUGGGGCUUAAGUUAACCACAAUGCUUGUCAUCAGUAGCCCUGGUGACUUCUAAGAUGGAUUACCGCAGUGCACUCCAUGCGGGGCUUCACUUGCUCUGGAUUUGGAAGCCGCAGCUAGUGCAGGACUGCUACUGAAAGGAGUGAGACCCUGCCAACAUAUUACACCCCUGCUCAGAGAUCUGUACCGGAUGACAAUUUGCUUGCGGGCCAAAUUGUUACUAGUAUAUGAAGCCCUUAACGGCUUGAGACCAGUUUACCUGCAAGAUCACCUUACCCCAUAUGGGCGCACUCCAUUGCUUCAAUCUGCAGAACUGGCUUGUUACAGCCACCAUGUAAUACUUGUUCCUCAAUUGUAGGAAAUCUGUCUUUCAAUGUGGCGGCACCUGCACUUUGGAACCCCCUGUCUAUUAACAUCAGGCAGGAGCCUUUGCUGUAUCCUUUCCAGCACAGCAGCUGCUUAAAACAUUUUUGUUUAGGAAAGCUUAUUCUAGAAGAGUUACUAAUGUGCUGUUCUGUUUUCAGUUUCUUGUUUAUUUUAAUUAGCUUUUGAAGGUUUUUUAAUACCUGUUUUUAUCUAUCUUAUAUUAGUAAUGUUGUUUUGUUUUUAUAAACUGCUUUGAGGUUUUAUUAAAAUUAUAUACAUUUUGUUUCAUAAAUAAAUGGAAGUCUCAUUGCUAUCAAUUGGACAGACUUCCAAAUAACUAUGUAUGGGCUGCAGCUGCCAGUUUAGGGUUUUUAAGUGUGUGUUUGGUGAGGGUGAAUGGUUUGUAGCAGCAACAGCAGCAACAAAAGGCUGGGAAGGCUUGUGGUUUUGUGCCACUUUAGGGUUACAUAAAAUGGUGAGUGUCAAGGGGAGACUAGGUUUACCACUUCAAGCUAAAUAGUUUGUGUUGUUUGUAAAUGGUGGUUGCCCUGCCUAACAAAAUCCACUGAAGUUUACCAAUUGACUGUAAGGAGAUUAAAACUUGUGUAAUACCCAAGAGGCCAUAUUACAUGUUAGACAGAGUUCUGUGGAGCUAUAAACCAAGCAUUGUCUCCAUAAGCUGCUUUUCUGCACAUAGGAAAAGAUACAGGGACCUCGAUGGUGCAAAUUUGAGAGGUAAAGUGGCCAGCAGGGAAAGAGUUAAAUACAGUGGUACCUCGGGUUAAGUACUUAAUUCGUUUCAGAGGUCCAUUCUUAACCUGAAACUGUUCUUAACCUGAAGCACCACUUUAGCUAAUGGGGCCUCCAGCUGCCGCCGCGCCGCCGGAGCAUGAUUUCUGUUCUCAUCCUGAAGCAAAGUUCUUAACCCGAGGUACUAUGUCUGGGUUAGCGGAGUCUGUAACCUGAAGUGUAUGUAACCUGGAGCGUAUGUAACCCAAGGUACCACUGUAUCUCCUUGCCCCACCUGUUCUCCUCCUGACUGCAACUGCUGCUUUUCCUGCUUGAACAGAAAAAGCAAGUGAAAAAUUAUGUGAAACUUAAGGCAAUAUGUGGCUUGAUCCUAACAAGCAUAUCUAUAUCUACUCUCUGAAUGGGGAAAACUCUAGCAAUAUUAUUAAGAGCAUGAUCCCUCUUGUUUCUGCCUUACUCCAGUUAGUUUGUUGUUGUGAAUAUUACCUAUAUGGAGGCCCCCUCUGGACCAGAUUAUAUGGUUCUGUAUGAAGGGACCCAAUGCAUGCCUCUCAUCACAAUAGCCUGCUUCUGUAGAAUAGGCUUGCAAUUAAAUUGAAGAGUGAUACUAGGAAAACCUGCAUCCUUGGAGGAGGAUGCUAGAUCUCUAAAGGGGUGCGUGGGUGGGUGUGUGCACGCGCUUGCGCUUUGGAAGACUUUCAAAUGUCCGAGACAUCUAGGAUGCAGAAUCCUGCGUGGAGUUAUGCAUUCUGAGUUCCUUUAAAGUCAAUGGGCUUAAGCACAUUUUACAGGGUGCAGGAUUUCAAUGGCCUGAAAUGUCACCGACUUUCAAUAGGUAUAAGAUGGCAUCCUGUCAUUGGAACCUCUUGCAGACAGAUGCCAAUGCUAGAAAUAGCUGAUACAGGCCAACUUUUUAAACUUAAAUGCUAAAUAGGAUGCAUUAAUGCCUGUGUGACUCUCCCACGUUCAGUUUUCCAGUAUCUAGUAGGGUUUGUAGAAAUAACUAAAUCAGUUUACUUUCCUAGCUCAUUCUUCAUAUAAGCAGGCCAUUACUGUCUUCAAUAAAAAUUAACGUAGUUGUAGUGGUUAUGAGUGUGGACUGGGAAGUCCCAUGUCUGAGUUGCACUCGCUGGGUAGCCUUUGGUAAGAUGCGUUUUCCAUCUGAGGAUCCCCUCCCCAAUCUCUACAGUAUGGGGAUAAUACUGUUGGCCUACCUUACAGGAUUGGUUUAAGCAUAACAGCAAAUUUAUGUGAAACACACUGAACAGUCAAAACACACUUUACAGAUAUGUAUAAUAUUUGUUGUCUGUUCUUUAUUCGUAAGUGCCAUAAAACAACAGCAGCACAUCAAUAACAGAGAAAUACUGUCACAAAAUUAGGCAGAUUGGGUAAACACCUAACAAAAGGAAAAAGGAAACCACGGAGGGUCAAACCAGUUUCCUGGGGCAGGGAGUUCCAAGGCUGGACCUGCCAGCUGUGCCUUGGAUAGGGAUGUCAAACACAAGAGACAUUUUUUUCCAGAUGUCCUCAGUGAGUGGGAAGGAUUGUGCAGGAGAAGACAGUCUCUAGUGGCAUCUUGCUCUCAAAGCGUUUGGCCACUUUCAAGGCAGAAACCAGCACUUUGAAUUGGACCCGGAAAUUAUUCAGCAAUCAGCGCACAUAAUGUAAAAAGAGGCGCUACAUUUAAAUUUAUGUUUACGUUGGCCUUACAGCUUCACAUGUUGCUCAGUUUACUGAGAUGAGAUUACAGAAAUCCAAAGCUGUGUAAUAGGAUUGGUCUCCUCCAUUCAGUUUUAGAUAUUAUAAUUAAUAUAUCCCUGAUGGUUCUUCGAUGAGAGGCUAGUCUUUGUGUGAGAGUUGCCACCCAACUUGAACAGGAUGUAGUGUAGUUCAUACAAGAAAAGUGUAUGGUGCACAUAAAGAUCCUAAAAGACUGUCUCACCCGUUAUAUAAGCACAUCACUGAGUGUCCACAGAAGAGGGUCUCCUGCAGAUACAAUAUUAUCACAACAUCCAUUCUGUACAGGACCUUUAGAGUGGUGGCACCUCACCUUUGGAACUCCCUCCCACUUUGAAUUGGAACAGGCAUAGUCUCUAUUGUCUUCUUAGCACCUACCUAUUGAAGACCUUUCUUUUUCAAGAAACCUUUUAAGGGGAGAUUUUUAUCCCAGUACUGAAAAUGUUAUUAUGUGUGUUAUUUAUUGCUGGUGGUUUUUAUUAUUAAUCGCCCUGGAAUGUUUCAUGGGAAGUGACUAAUAAAUGAAAAUAAAUAAAUACACAUUCUUCUCCAGGAAACAGAGCAUUAUGUGCUGGUUUAUAUAUAUUUAUGCAAAUCGUUUAGAUUAGCAUAGCUUAUUUUGUGUAAUUACCCUCUGCGAAUAAUGGGGAAGGUUAGGGAGCUGGGCUGGGCACCAAAACACUGCCUCUUCCCCGUUGGAAACCAAUGCAUACUCUUCAGCUUUCAGUCUAACACUGAAUACAGUGGUACCUCGGGUUACAUACACUUCAGGUUACAUACGCUUCAGGUUACAGACUCCGCUAACCCAGAAAUAGUACCUUGGGUUAAGAACUUUGCUUCAGGAUGAGAACAGAAAUCGUGCUCCGGUGGCAUGGCGGCAGCGGGAGGCCCCAUUAGCUAAAGUGGUCUUCAGGUUAAGAACAGUUUCAGGUUAAGAACAGUUUCAUGUUAAGAACGGACCUCCGGGACAAAUUAAGUACUUAACCCGAGGUACCACUGUACUCAGAAUUAGAGUCCACCAGCUUGCAGCUCUACUUCUAAAGGACCUAAGUAUGCCCCUUUGCCAGUUGGAAUAAAGUUGACAAAAAAAGAAGUUGACCCUGUGGUAAUCCACAAGAAAGCUUAUAAAAACUUAAGUGAAGCCUGCUGAAUCAGGCCAAUGGCCCAUCUAGUCCAGCAUCUUGAUCUCAACCAAGUGCCCAUGAGAAAAGCCUGCAAACAGGACAUGGCAUUCUGCAUCAGACAGUGAAGGUAGAACACAGUUGUAGUGGCUUGUAUUAUUUGGGUGUUAGCAAUACACCAUAGCUUUGAAUAUUUUCAUGCAGAAAUGGAGAAAAUCACAAUUGUCCUAAACUUUUUUCCCCUCAUUCCUGCCCCCUGCAAGCCUUUAGAACUCUAGAAUUCUAUGGCUUCCAUGUGCUUCUUGAAUACAUCCAAACCUUCCCUCCAUUAAGCAUUUAGACAUGCCCCAUGUCUCACAGGGAGAGAGGCAGGAGUAAGUGACUGCGGAUCCUUUAACUGAUCCACUUCAGAAGCAGAAAUGUGCCCUUCCCCACUCCCACCUGCUCCUGGAUGGCUACAGGAGAAAGACAUGUGUUUUAAGAGCUUGGGCAACAUAUUUGGCCGGGUGCCCAACAUUUGAAUGUUCUCAUGUUUCCACCUCCCACGGGCUAUUACCUGGUCAGCUGCUCUGGGCAGGAGUAAACUUAAAAGAUGCUAAAGCAAGUUCUGUGUUGGCUACUAUAAUCCCUCAUUCCAUGUAGUAGAAAAGGAAGCGGCCACAAUACUUGACAGGGGAAGGGGCAGCAUCCUUCUUGCUUUUGCCUUGUUCCAUAUUGGAGCAAAGUGCCUUGGUCUUCCCUUAUCUCAAACCAGUUGCAGGGAUUCACCCCCAGAUGAUCCAUUUCAUCUUGGUCUGUAGCUGACAGGCGGAAAUAAUUCAGCUUAUUGUCAAAGCAGAAUGUGGUGGGAUUGAAAGCCUUUUUUUUCAUACUAGGUCUCUCUCCAGGCUGACGCUACUUCACAGUCCUUCUAAGACUGCCAACUGAUGCUGUGGUGUCCCUUGCGGCUUCCCAGCCACGUGGCCUCUUGCGGUUUCUUAUUUGGAUUGCUUCCUGAGCUUUGUGCCAGGCCGGAAAGAACAGGAAGUGAUAGAGGAAAGAGAAAUUAAUCAGGGCUUCUCACAGGGGAGCAAGGGGCUGGGCAAACUGAAGGAUGCUGCAGGCUUCACCUUUGCUCCUCAGUAGGCUUGUUCCAUCCAAGAUCUGUAUACAGUGGUGGAAGACAAAAACCCUUGAUGGAUUCAAUGAGUUGUAAAUAACACUUGAUGAAUGACCUAUGAACAACUUUCACUUCCUCUUAGAACAUUGCUUUCACUUCUGUAGUCAACAAGGGUGUCUGGUCUGCUUAGUGGUACUGGUACGGUUUCCAGAUUCUGUAGAGAUCUGAAUUAUUUUGAGGACGGUAAAGCUUUGAAUUACUUGUUGUGUCCAGUUUAGAUCUGAUAUCUAUCUGGCGCACAGCACGGAUCCAUAUGGUUGAAAGGCUAGGAAUGAAAUCCCCCAUAGUGGUCUCUGCUGCUUUUAAUUUUUAUUUAUUUUAAGUGCAGCUACCCCCAUUCCCUAUAAACAUCAGGCCAGACUUAACCUCCUCCUAAAAGUAUGAACUUAAGAUGGGUAUAUCUGGAUGCUGUCUCUUUCCAUGGGACAAAGAGAAGUUGGCAGUAGUUCCUUAACUAGAAUUUACAAGAAGAUUCAAUGAGAGGAGUAAAAAAAACCUGCUUGUGGAUCACUGCUUGUUCGCAAAUUGCUUCGCAACAAGUCAUUAAACUUGGGAGCUAACUCGCUGGGUAGGAAGCUCUGGCUCCUCCACCAACAAACAGACCACCAGUUAAGUAAGAUGUAUUUAUUAUUCACAGGGCCAGCCCUAAUGUACAAGCAGCCCAGAGGGUCACCUGAAGUAACUAUGUUUCAGGGUGUAAAUAAAAGUAUGAGGGGAGAGAGAGAGAAACCUCAGAAUUUCUGGGAAGGAAGGUUUGUAUAACUGAACAGCGGACUGAACAGCUCUUUUCUUUGGCUUUUAUUUUGGAACACCAGUGUCAACUUAAGAGUUACAACAUGAUUAAAGAGAGAAAAUAAAACAGAAGUAAAUGUAAUUAACAACAACUGUUAAAAGAACUUGUUAGUUUUUAAAGGCAGCUGUGCUAAAUAAGCAGCAGCCUUCACGGAGCAUUUGACUGUGGCCACAUAAUGUGUGGUCAACUGACAGUAUAUGACCAGUCCAUUCACUGGCAUGCCAAUCCCACAGUUAGAAAGGGGGGAAGUUGUAGCCCCUUGUAGCAUUCCAUUAACUGAGUCUCCUCUUUUUCCAUACUCUGAAUCUAUGGCGUGUGGACAACAUAUGGCUGUAUAAUUAUACGUAGGACUGUGGCAUAAAAAGAAACAUGGGCUGGUGCAUGUUUUGGACAAUGGUGUAGAAACAGUCCUUAGUGAGUACAGUGGUACCUCAGGUUACAUAUGCUUCAGGUUACAGACUCCGCUAACCCAGAAAUAGUGCUUCAGGUUAAGAACUUUGCUUCAGGAUGAGAACAGAAAUCAUGCUCCGGCGGCGCGGCGGCAGCAGGAGGCCCCAUUAGCUAAAGUGGUACCUCAGGUUAAGAACAGUUUCAGGUUAAGAACAGACCUCCGGAACGAAUUAAGUACUUAACCUGAGGUACUACUGUACAAGAGAAAAGAUUAUAAGCAGCAAAAUAUGGGCUACACAAGGUCCUGUACUGUGCAGCUGAAUGAGCAGCACUGAGAAUCAUUAUUUCUAACAGAUGCGGCUGGAGUGCUAAACCCAUAACUAGAUUGACUUACCUGAACUGGCCGAGCGGCCUUGCUGCUCGGUCAUGUUUCAGGCUUGGAGGGCAUCAGAGUGCAAGACUUAAAAGUUGUGGUUUUAUAUAUUUCCAGUUUCUUUUGUGGACAGAUGGCAUUUGCAAUUUUCAAGCAACUAUUAUUCUGUAAUUCUUAAAGGAAUCAAUGAAUGAUGCUUAAUCCUUUUGAGUUGCAUGUUGGUCAGGGGUGAUACGCAAUCCCAGUGGAUAACUCUUAAUUAUUCAGUGUCCUUACAUCUUUGAGAGGAGACAUCCAUUAGAACUCUGUGUCUGCCAUGAGUCUGGUGCUCUUCAUUUAUUUGAUUAUAAUUAAUAGCGUACAAGUGUUCUUAUACCGUUUGGCAUGUGGGAGGGGUCAACAUUUUAAGUGAUCUCGCUAUGCUGAGGAAAUGACAUGUGAACAAAAUAUACAAGUAAUGAAGGCAGAGGCGAGUGGGUGUUUGUAGCUUUUUUUGGAGUAAAUUUUGCCUUUUGAUUUGGUGGCAAGGCUAGAGUUUAUAAAUAUGAAACAUAUAUGUAGAUACAGAGCAAAAGAAACUCCCUCGAAUUCAAAGAAUUAAAAGCUACCUUGUGCUAAAACAGCAAUCUCCUUCAUUGUGUGGCAUGAUUUGGACUAUGCAGAUUUGGAGAGCCACUGGUUAUUGUUUGCUUUUGUUUAUCACGAAAUUUAUUCUGCUACCCAGGCAGCCCUUAAGGUGCCUAACAUUAGUGCUUUUCUCAAAAUAUUUUGAGGUAGAAGAUGACAAGUAAAUUAGUGACAUUGGGUAGACUACUACAAAAAUUAUUCUGUGGUUUGACGUUUUAAGGAAGCUGCAGACAAAUUGGAGAAGAUUCAGAGCAUGUAAAGAAAGGUUGAGAGUAUAGAUCUUGAAGAAGUGGCAAGUAGAAAAUAAAUAAUAUUUGUAGCCUAUAUGGAUUUCAAAUAUUUUCAUAAGCAGGUGAAGCAGAGUUGCUAUCUUUUCCAGUUUGUUUUUUUGUGGGUGGCAGGGAGGGCAAAAACUAGUUAAUGAUAAGAGCAGAGCAGGUUGCCUAAGGAAGCCAAGGGAGGAGCUUUUUCAGACUGGCACUGGUACAUCUUAGAUCUAGUGAGUCCUGUAUCCAUGCAAUUUGUGUAUGGAUCUCUGAAGCACAUUCCAGCACUAACCACCUGACUCUUGUAGAAUGUGCUGUGGUUGCUUAUGUCAAUUGAAGCACUGGGGAAGUCAUGAAAGCUUGUACAAAUUUUUGGUUGUUCUUCAGUUCUGUACAGAGGUCAGGUAACAGCUUAAUGGGACAAGCAGCUUGUAGAUGAUCUGGCCUGUACUUGAGAGUGAGUCAUUGCAAAAUAAGGCAGAUAGGAAGACUCUGUGGAGGCAGUUUUGUGGUCUGAGGGUUGAUUCCAGAAAGUGAAUCUGAAAAAUCUUGAUCAGUGAUAUAAGGGUACACAGAGUUUCUACAUUAAAUAUCGCAAGCAUUCAUCAAUAAGUGGUUAGUGUUGACCAAUCAUUAUAUACCCAAUCACUGCUUGAGGCAGGGCUCAAAACUGAUAAUGAGUACACCUUAGUUCAGAUCAAAAUCUACUGUCUAAAACAAUUUCCAGAUUGUGUAUGUCUUGUUUUCAGUUCACCUCCUUGAAUGGCGAAAUUUGUACUUUUGAGAGUCUGUCGAAGCUAUCGUAGCUUCAUCAUUCGGACACCAGGAUGGGUGAAGCUACAAUAGCUAAGCAAUUGGAAAUCCAGUUGGAUGUUGCAAAUGCAGCCAUAUGCAGGGAUCUGAACUGCCUUGGAAGAGACCACUUCCCAGUUGCUUUCGAGCAACAUUUUUCCCCAGUGCUUGAAGCAGUACUGGUGAAACGGGAUCUGCAGUGAAUCUCUGCGUGGCCCAAGGCCGCUGUGUUAUGGGCCCUUCCUCAGCUGUAUCCUGCCAUCAAAAGAUCAGCUGACUUCCUACAGGGCAGCUGUUCUGACUACAAGCUCAUGCUGCUGACAGCUUCUUGAGGGGCUGUGUGCUUAAUAUCUACUAUGUCGGCUACGUGGAACUUCAGGCACAUUUAAGCUACCAGAUCUCGUUCGCUCACAGUUUUCAGAGUAAAAAUAAAGGAAAACAAUGGGCUUACUGCUUCUUUUGCCCUUGUUUCUGGAAAGAGUCUUUAGCCAGUGCCUGUAAGGUCUGUAAUGAUGUUGUUGUUUUUUUCAUUUUUUUUUAUUGAUUUUCCAGAUUUAUAACAAACAUAACAAACAAGAAAAACAUUACAAUAUAGAAGAACAAACAAACAUUUAUCCUAACUGUUAUAACCCCACUUUUGUUACCAUUGUUAGGUGACUUCCUCAAAUCCCCCUGGCUGAGUUUCCAUGUAAUGCAUUGUAGCAGUUUUCCAAUACUAUUUUCAAAUAAAAUUUACUUGUUCAAUUGACAUCUUUCUUUCUUUUCAUUUUGACUUUAUCCAUAGUAUAUAGAAUUUAACAUAUUUAAAUCCUGGGCCAAUCUGUUACUCACAAGUAGUUCUAUUUAAAUUAUCUUAGCAUAUUUAACUAAAUAGUCCUUAAAUUUCUUCCAUUCCUCUUGGUACUCCUCCUCCUUCUGGUCGUGGAUUCUUCCGGUCAGGUCGGCUACCUCCAAAAAGUCCAUCAUCUUCAUCUGCUAUUCCUCUACUGUUGGUAUUUCUUGUAAUUUCCAAUUUUUGGCUAGCAAAAUUCUAGCUGCAGUUGUGGCGCACAAAAACAAUCUAACAUCUUUCAGUAAUGUCUGCAAUGAUGUUUGCCUACUGGGCAGGCUGUUCUUGUUCUUUGCAUCCCCUGGAGAAAUGAAUGCUCUUAGGCCAAAAGGCCAAUCUGAGCUGUGCAACCUUUUGCAGGUGUUUCUAUAACCAAAUCAUUCCCUUUCCACUUUCAUUGUGUCCGUCCCCCCUCCGCAUUUCCCCCAUGUAUGUGGAUGGAUAAAAACGCAUUAGCGCACAGACAAAACAAGCAUGCAGGAGCUGGGAGCAAGGGCGGGUGAGCACCGAGGAGUCAUGCUUUGUCGGAUGUAGCAUCAUGGAGAAUGCCCCUGGCAAACACUCUCCUUCCCAAAAUUAGAAGCACAUUCGCAAAGGCCUCUGCGUGCCUGCAAAUUGUUUCCUCCUGUCAAGAGUCCACAACCUGCAUUUGAGACUGUACUUUUUCUUGCCUAACUGAAAUGCUUGGUAUGGAAGGGAGCUGCUUUCUGAAAACCUUUGGCACUGUUAGGCCAGGGUUUCUCUUGGAGGGGGGAGGUGCAGACUGGGUUUUCUCACACCCCAUGCCAUGAAAUCCUUGUGAUUCACCACUAUGAGCUCUCUGUCAGAACCAGCAGAACCCCCAGGACUCUUGUUGAUGAGAAGCAGCUUAUCUGGAUGUGAAAUAUGGCUGUUGUUUGGCAAAGCAGAGAGUGUAUUGAUGUUGUGAUCAGCUUGGUGGGUGACUAGCCAGUACAGUUCAGUGGAAAGGGCACUGGACUGAGAGCUGAACUUAAAGGGCCCGUUUUCAAGUUCUGCUUCAGGAAUGGGCCCCAGGCCAAAUUUUUGCUUUUCCUAAACUCACCGUAUGUAAAUUGGGAUAGCAGUGGCAUGCCUCACAGGUUUGUUGUGAGGCUAAAAACGUAUAAUAAUCCAGAAAAGUAUAUAUUUUGACGUGGGGUUUUUUUCUUAAAUGCUUGUAAUGAGCUGCAGACUCAGGUAGUACAAAAGUUUGGAUUAAAUUAUGACGUGUGUUUAUAAUAUAAAAUUCUGAGUUAAUGAAGACCCUAUGUUAUAAAAGGUUUCUCUUAUGGGAGUGGGAGGUCAACUCUUGAUUCUUGUUCCUUAAUAAUUAGAAUUGACUUCAAAGAUUUACAUGUUUCCUGCUUUAUUUAGAAAAGGUAUCCAAUAGCUCCUGUAGAAGAGCGUGCUUUAUUCCAAUACAGAGUUGAUAGAUGGUCAGGCUGGCUUAGUCGCUCAGCUCAUUUUCCCUUAUGCUAUUUUUGAAUCUCUGCCAUUGGUGGCCUUCACAUCCACGGCAGCACUGGUGCCCAGCAGUUCUGUUCAAGUACUGUGCAAAUGGGUCUGCUAAUACAGUGGUACCUUGGGUUACAAAUGCUUCAGGUUACAGAUGCUUCAGGUUACAGACUUCGCUAACCCAGAAAUAAUACCUCAGGUUAAGAACUUUGCUUCAGGAUGAGAACAGAAAUUGCACGGUGGCAGCACGGCAGCAGCAGGAGGCCCCAUUAGCUAAAGUGAUACCUCAGGUUAAGAACAGUUUCAGGUUAAGAAUGGACCUCCAGAACAAAUUAAGUUCUUAACCUGAGGUACCACUGUACUGUGAAAGUCGAAUGUUUGUAGCUGGUUUUAAGAACAUUCAGACUACUCAGUCAGAUCAGGACAAAGGCCCAUCUAGUCCAGCAGUCUGUUCUGACCAUGGCUGACUAGAUGCCUAUGGGAAGCCCAUAAACUGAACAUAAACACAGCCCUCUUUAGUUUCUGGGGUUGAUGGAUAGCCGUCUCUUCCAGGUGCAGAAACAUUCUCUUUGAGUUCUCCUGCACAAUGGGGUUUGUGAAACCAUUGUCUUCAAAAAUUAGUAAAAUUUAUAAACCUGCACUUGUACCUUUUUGGCUGCGAACAACUCAUUCUUAAUCCCAGUUGUUGUAACUGUGGCCUACUUGUUAAUAUCUCUUUGGGGCUAAGGCUGUGUCCUGUGCUCUUUCAUCCAGGACAGACCACCUCCUGCCUGUAGACAACCUUUCAUUAUCUCCUCUGGGGUGAGUGUGAGAGGUGCCAAGCAGUUGCACUGGUGAGCUGAAUUUGGCAGCAGAGUGGUCCUCUUGAACUGUAAAUACAUGCAAUAAAGGCUCCCUGAGAAUGGCAGAGCCAUUUGCUUCCCCUAAAAUAAGAUGCUCUGGACUCUUUCUUUCUUUCUUUCUUUCUUUCCUUCCUUCCUUCCUUCCUUCCUUCCUUCCUUCCUUCCUUCCUUCCUUCUUUCAUCAAACUGGAAAAGGAGUAUCUACCAGUCAGCAGUCACAGAUCCUCUUGAAUCAACUGAAUAACUUUCAUCAUAUAGCGUUAUCAGGUUACACUUUCAGUUUAAUUACUCCACUUGGCGCUGUGUGUGUUUAAUUUCAAACUUCAUUUAGAGACACCUCAGAUUCUGCCGAAGAAUGCUCAAUGUUCCCCCACAAAGGACAGUUUGGCAGUUAAGCUUCAAAAUCUAUUGCUUUUUAUUUUAUUUUAAGGCAUUCUGAUCCUACCCUUUUGCUACCAUAGAGCCCAAUAGAGCCCAAGUCUUAGAAAAUGAAAAUGAAACAGCAUUAAUGACAUUAACAAGAAACUAACAAAUGUUUGAAUUGCAUGUUUGUAGGGGGCAGUUACAUAUUUGUGCCUUGCCAAUUACGCAGUUUCAUCUGAUGCUUGAUUUAGUUUUUGCCCCAUUUAUGAAAUAGAGGGGGACAGUUGAUAAACUAAAUACUACAUGGGUGUGAAAAUACUCCGCUCAUUCACAAAUACAGUGGUACCUCAGUUUUCAAGCGUCUUGGAAGCUGAACAUUUCGGUUUUCAAAUGCCAAAAUGCUUCCAUUUUCGAACGCGCCUCAGUAGUCGAACAGCUUCCGCUGUGUGUUUUUCAAUUUUCUCAAUUGAACUUGCCUCUUUGUGCCUCAGUUUUUGAAUGUUUUGAAAGUCGAACGGUCUUCUAGAAUGGAUUACGUUCGAGAACCAAGGUACCACUGUACAAACUUUGUAUGCUAGUCCUCCUGUAAAUCCUCAGACAUUAAACUGCAGGGAUGACUAUUAAAAAUGAGAAAAUUGGAGCAGAUUUGAACCUGUGAUACUAAGGAGACAUGGAGAAGGAAUUUACCAGUACAGUCAUAUCUUGGUUGCCGAAUGGAAUUCUGGAAGUCCGUUUGAUUUCCAAAACGUUCGCAAACCAAGGUGUGGCUUCUGAUUGGCUGAUUGGCCCCAGAAACAAUGCCGACAACUGAAACGGAUGUUUGGCUUCCAAAAAAGUUCACAAACCGGAACACUUAUUUGUGGGUUUGCGGCGUUCGGAAGCCAAAACGCCCGAGUACCAAGGCAUUCAACAACCAAGGUACGACUGUACUCAUCACAUUUACUCCCAAGUCUGAGCUCAAAGGUUUAUGUAGAAUAUACAGUGAAAACAAGCUGCUUAUUUCUGUCAUCUCCAGGUUGCUCUUCUGAAUAGUUUUGUCCUAUGACCAGGCCUAGAAUUCUCCCUCGCUGAUCGGAAGCUGAAUAGAUUGGGUAUGUGUCUUAGGAAUGCUCAGGAAAAGUCAAGUUCCAUUGUCCUCAGACUCUUCUGCAAACAAGGAUUGGCAGUUUGGUUUCUCUUCCCUCCCCCGUGUGUUUCAGUGUUGUUGUGUGUGUGGUGUCUAGAGGAGGAAACUUUAUGCUGGGGGAGAUCACACCCAACCUGUAAGCUGAAACAUUUUGGCUCCACAAGUGAGAGAGGUGCAGCUUGCUUCUGUAGCUCUAAGGCAGCAGCUUCCUGUUGAGGCAUGUUGGUGAACUUUUAUCCUUCUUCAAAUGCAGACCUAAGGGAUGGGGGAGGGAGGGAAAAGGCCAGUUCCUAUAUGGGGACCAUAAGAAAUGACCUGGUUCCAGCUGGUCUCAUGGUCUUGCUGCUGAGAAACUAAAGAAUAAAAUGGACACUGGUUGGCUAUGGUUCUCAUGGACCCCCCUGCCCUGAUCCAAUUUGGCAUUGAGGAGAUGGAGGGAAAGCCCCAUUGUGCAAAUGGAAGUCCUUGUUCAGGGUGUUUGCUGAUGGAGCUGAUUAGAUGACUGUCUCCCUUAGUAUCUGAUUUAUGUACCAGAUCUUAAGUCACGUUGUUGUUGCUGAUGAGAAGAAGGGGUUAAAUGGGCAGUUUGGUUCAGCUGCGUGUAUGAGAGGCCUAUUGCUCUAGCUAAACCUCAGAUGUUAAGUGACAUUAUUCUAAAAAAUUGUUUUCUUAAAUUGAAGACUAGAAAAAAGGACUUUGUGAUUGUAAAGGAGUAAGCCCCACCAGUGGUUACAUCCCACUAUGUAGAUCGAUGAUUAAAUCAUUUUAUUGAUCUGUCCAUUGAUCUGUGGCAGAAGUAAAAGUGAGGAUUGGACAUGUUUUGAAUGGAUUCCUUUAUAACUAUAGUGGUACCUCUGGUUACGUACUUAAUUCGUUCUGGAGGUCUGUUCUUAACCUGAAACUGUUCUUAACCUGAAGCACCACUUUAGCUAAUGGGGCCUCCCGCUGCUGCCACGCUGCCGCAUGAGUUCUGUUCUCAUCCUGAAGCAAAGUUCUUAACCCGAGGUACUAUUUCUGGGUUAGCGGAGUCUGUAACCUGAAACGUAUGUAACCCGAGGUACCACUGUAUACAUUUUCUUCUACAACUUUGGAUAAGAGGAGGCCUUCCAUCACAAGGAGUGUUUUCCCUCUCUGCUUAUACCCAAACAAAAAAGUAUUGCAUGGCCAGGCUCACACAAUGUGCUAGUUUCUCAGUUGGUUAGAGUGUGGUGCUGACCAACACCAAGGUUGCAGGUUCGAGCCCCAUAAGGGACAGCUGCAUAUUACUUCAUUUCAGGGGGUUGGACUAGAUGAUCCUCAGAGUCCCUUCCAACUCUAAUUCUAUGAGAAUGCCUCCAGAGGGCUGAUGCAGACUGAGAUAUACCAGAAAGAGUUCCUAUGUGGUCUUUGUCUUUCUGGUCUUCCGAGGUGCGGGGCUGGAACAGCCACCAUAACACGUGAGUGCCACUACCAUCACAUACGUUUUGCAGAACUGUUAUAUGCAAAGUGAUUUAUGUCCUGCACCUUCAAUAGACCGUAUUUUUCAUUCUAUAAGACGCACCAGACCACAAGACGCACCUAGUUUUUGGAGGAGGAAAACAAGAAAAAAAAUAUUCUGAAUCCCAGAAGCCAGAACAGCAAGAGGGAUCACUGCACAGCGAAAGCAGCGAUCCCUCUUGCUGUUCUGGCUUCUGGGAUAGCUGCACAGCCUGCAUUCGCUCCAUAAGACGCACACACAUUUCCCCCUUACUUUUUAGGAGGGAAAAAGUGAGUCUUAUAGAGCAAAAAAUACGGUAAAUAAUAUCCCCAUGCUGGCUAACAGAUCAGUCACAGCCAAAGUGCUGCUACUACUACUAUUACAGUGGUGCCCCGCAAGACGAAUGCCUCGCAAGACGAAAAACCCGCUAGACGAAAGGGUUUUCCGUUUUUCGAUGCGCUUCGCAAGACGAAUUUCCCUAUGGGCUUGCUUCGCAAGACAAAACGUCUUGCGAGUCUUGCGAUUUUUUUCGCUUCCCCCCCCUUUUUCUAAGCCGCUAAUAGCCUUUUAGCCGCUAAGCCGCUAAGCCUUUAAUAGCCGCUAAACCGCUAAUAGCGCUAAUCCGCUAAGCCGCUAAUAGGGUUGCUUCGCAAGACGAAAAAACCGCUAGACGAAGAGACUCGCGGAAAGGAUUAUUUUCGUCUUGCGAGGCACCACUGUAGUAGUAGUAUUCAUACAAACUGAUUCAGCAAAUUAUAACACCUGAAGCAGCGGCAACCCAUUCAGAAGACAGUAAAAUCAAACUGCGCUAAGAAAUGCUUACACCAGCAGUUCUUUAAAUAGCAUUGACAUGCAUGCUUUAAUGCAGAUGUUGCUCUUCUGUGCCGCUCUAGGAAAGCAUGUGCCUAGUUGCACACUUGGGACCAUAACAAAUAAGAGUAAACUGUGACAAGGAAUGGGAACAUGUCAAGAGCUCCAGCCUGGCUGUGAUAAAUACCUACUGCAGACUCAAGUUGCCAGGAUAAGUUUGCUUUGGCAAAACUGUGUACAGUAGGAAUUACCCCUAGCGGGUAAGCAGAAGAAGGAGUUGAUUGGAAGUCUUACCUGCUCACAUUUCAGAAGAAGUAGCUCCUCUGAGAUAAUUGAACUUUUUACAUCCCAUGGAAAGAGAACAGUGUUAAAAAGAUAAAGAAAACACUAUCAGCAUUUUAAUCAGAAAUUUUAAUUUUAAGCUCUGCAUAAGAGGGGAUCUACUGGUGCAACGGGAAUUCAAUUUCCUCUUCUCCUCCAAACUUCCCCAAGAUUUGGUCCAAGCCUGCAGAGCUGGUUUUGAGGGUGCAUGGGGUUGGGGCUUGAGGGGACAGGAGUGGAAAAGAGAGAUCCAUUGCAUGCACAGAAGUCUGUUGUGUCAGUGGAGUGGCAGUGUUGGAUACGCCUCCGGGUAUUUUCAAAUACAUACAGCUCUCUUAACAGUAUUAGUCUCCCAGCCAUUUUCAUCCCUCCCCAAACCUAAACCAGAUUUAUCAGUCAGCACACAAACACAUGAUGGGGAAGGUGAGAUGAGUGGGAAACACCAAUGCAGAUGUUCAAGUUUCAAAGGUACCCAAGAGCUCUGAUCAAAUAAGAAUGGGGCAUUUUCACAAAACAGAGUGCACGUGUUAAUGUUCCACUUCCAUUUUUAAACCAUUUAGCCAUCACUUCAGCAAAUCGCAUAAAUUGGGCUAAUUCAGCAUGGGCAUACAGUGGUACCUCAGGUUACAAACACCUCAGGUUACAAACACUUCGGGUUACAGACUCUGCUAACCAGGAAUAGUACCUCAGGUUAAGAACUUUGCCCCAGGAUGAGAACAGAAUCGUGUGCUAGUGGCGCAGCGGCAGCAGGAGGCCCCAUUAGCUAAAGUGAUCUUCAGGUUAAGAACAGUUUCAGGAUAAGAAUGGACCCCCGGAACGAAUUAAGUUCGUAACAAGAGGUACCACUGCAUAUACUUGGGCAGACUUGGGGAAUGCUUCAUCUCUCUUCGUCACUCCCUAAUGAAUAAUUGGGGACUGAACCUAGAUGCAGCAAGAUGGCUCCAAUGUUGUUGUUGUUGUUUUGUGUGUGUGUAAAUGCUUUUUCAGGUUUAUACAUUUCACUGCUUCUACAAUCCUUUUAACAUUUCAAAACUUGACUUCCUUCUCCCUCUUUCUGCCAUUCCUUAUUUUUAAUAUCUUCUGCAUAUCCAAAUAAACUUAAUUUGCUCAUUUAUUCAUCUACUUUAAAUAUAUACUCUUAUAAAACUGUAGGUUAUUAUAAUAAUCCUGCCAAUGUUCUUAUCUGUUUACAAUUUAUCUGUAAAUAAUUCAAUAAACCAUCUCCAUUGUUUUAUAAAAUGUUUGUUAUCUUGAUUUCUUAUUCUUCAGGUUAGUUCACCAUUUCUGCAUAUUUCACAAGUUUUUAUAUCCAUUCUUCCUUUGCUAGAACUUCUGCUUCUUUCCAUUUUUGGCGAGUAACAUUCUUGCCGCUGUAGUAGCAUAUAGGAAUAAGCUUCUAUACAGUUUAGGUAGUUCUGUCUCUAUAAUUCCCCAAAGAAAAGCUUCUGAUUUUUUAAAAGACAAAUGUUAUUUUAAACAUCAUUUUCAAUUCAUUAUAUAUCAUAUGAUAAAAAGAACUUUCUCUUUACAUUUCCAAUACUUAUUUGAUUUAGAUUUAUACAUUUUUGCCAAUUUACUCGGUGUUAGAUACCAUUGAUAUAUCAUUUUCACAUAAUUUUCUCUUAGACCAUAAAAUGCUGUAAAUUUUAUGUCCAUAUUCCACAAUUGUCCCCAUGCUUCCAUAUCUAUAUUAUGACCAAUAUAUCAUUGAGGAUUUUACUUGCUCAUCCUUUGUCUCCCAAUAAUAUUUUAUACAUUUUAGAUAGCACUUUUACAUUACAUUCCAACAGAUCUCUCUCCAAUUGUGAUAUGAUGAUAUUGUAUCCAUGUUGUUAAUUUCUCUGAUAAUUCCUUAAAUUCUUUUAAUUUAUACUCUCCUCCCUCUUGUUUUAAUAAAUUUCUAUAAGUUGUCCACCAUUCUAUCAUAUUCUUUUUCUUUACCGCUAUAGCUUCCAACGGUGAGAGCCAAAGUGGUGUUUUUACCUCUAAUAAAUAUACAUUUCCCCCCUAAUUAUAUGAUUUGUAAAUCCUUUAUGAACUUUCACCUUUUCAUACCAUAAAUAAGCGUGCCAACCAAAAAUAUUGUCAUGACCUUCUAAGUCUAGAAUUCUCUAAUAUCAUCCAUUCCUUUAACCAACAAAGACAGGAUGCCUUAUAAUACAGUCUCAUAUCUGGCUCUAAUGUUCACUUUCCCAUGAAACACAUUUUCCCCUUCUUCUUUGCCACCUGAAUUAUUUUUUCUGAGUUCUUGGGAGGCCUGAUGACAAGCUAUCUGUUCUGUACUGCUGCUAGAAACAAGAGUGUGAUGGUUGGGAUUUCAGCUCUGCAGCAUACUCACUAAUCUGUUAUUAGAUACCACCUCCUUUGAGUCUUAUCAAGGCCGAUCUCCAGAACUUCUUCCUGUGUAGGUUCUGGCCUAUGUCUCCAGCACAACAAAUGAAAUUAACUCACCUGGAAAGAUGCAAUCCCUUUAUCAUUUCAUGCUCCUGAAUUGUAUAUUAAUCUUCUACCUCUGUCUCUUGUGGCUUUCCUUUAACCUUAUUUUAAAUGUCUACUCUCUGUUGUGUUGUUGAAUCAUUAGUGGAAAAACUUUAGCUCCCACAUUUUUGGUGACCCUUCCUUCAGCCUGCUGUUUGUUUUUUGGUGCUCCUUUCUCUAUAUGCAGAAGGUCUAGAGAAGGAAUCCUCUAAUAGUGACCUUGUCCUCCUACAGUGUCUUUGCAAAAUUUACCCAUGCUCACUGGAACUUACGACAGCUAUGUUACACCUGGUUAUUGUUAGCUGCUACAGAUAAAAGAUUUUGUAAGCAUGAGAUGAGUAAAAUCACAAGAAUGUGUCUCUAGAGGGUGGAAAGGGGGUUGUGUGUGAGUAGGAUGAUCAAGAAUUUCCGAACCAUGUGGGUAAAUCUUUUUCUUUUCUUUCUAAGUUAUAGGCAAGGGUCUAUAGUGCAUUUACCACUGGCAAGCCUCCCUACUCUAGGGCCUAAGAAAGGGUGACCUUGCACUGAACCUAGACAGGACUCAAAAGCAGCAAGGCGACUUGUCACUUGCAGAAUCAGCUGCCCUCAAUCUUGGGCUCUCCAAAUCUCCAUCAUCCAAAUUUCCAUCAUCAGCAUGGCCAGUGAUCAUGGAUCAUGGAAGUUGAGUCUAAAACAUUUGAAAUACACCAAGUUGAGGGAAAGCUUUUGUAGAACAUCUCUGAAGCUAGAUUGUCAGGUAUGACCUUCCCUUCUUCCCUCAUUAGUUUAGAGUUGGGGAGGACAGCAAGGGUUUCCCCAGGACCAGCUUUUGUAUCCAAGAAGAGUGAUGAUAGGAUUAGCCCAUAUUUGAUUAACCAGCCACUGGAGAGAACUGGUGGAGUAACUGUUUCAUUCCCCCAGUUUUGGACAAGAAUGUAUGCUGCUCCUUGUAUCAGAAAAAAAUAUUAUAUCCUCUUAGAUGUCCUUCUGCUGUGCUGUACGUUUAUGAAGUGCUUUGAGUACCUCAAAUGCAAAUAUUGGUGUGUUGUUUAUAUGCAGGCGUUAAUAAUUGACAAAGUUUCUGAGCAUACACUGCUUCUCAUUUUUUUGCCAUUGAACUAUCACUGUCCUUUCUUGUGGAAUAUGAAAUCGAAGGAUAGUUCUUCCCGGUUAGGUAAUUAACCCCAUAAUCAGUCAUUCAUGUGAUGGGCCAAGAAAAGGAGAUGAAACUUUGAAAUGGGAUAAGUGGAUGUUGGGUUGUAUAAGAUCAGAAACUGUCCCCACCCUUUUGGAGAAAGAUCAGAAAUUCAGCAGAACUAAUUAAUGAGGUGUUUGGUGAACUAUGUCUGUGCACACAAGCCGCUUCUUAUGUAUGUGUGCCUAUACACACAAAUGCACAUAUAUGAGAAAGACGUUCAAGUAAUGGAGGAAAGUUGGUCAGGAAGAUGAACAUUGGGAGAUUCCUUUGCAAAUCAAUCUCAAGAAAUUUUGUACCUUUUUUUAAAAAAAGUAAUAAACCACAAAAUAGAAUGUAUCCAGUGACAUUACAUUGCAGAUGUCAUGAAAAUGCACUGUGCUGGACAAACCUUGAACAAUGCAGCAAUAUUUCUUUAAGACUUCCCCUCCUUCAAAAAAUAUUGAAUAGUCAAGUGGAAUCCAAAGAAAAUAGAUUUAGAUACAUUAAAUGUUCCCCAGAACACGAAAUCUGGAGAGCUUUCCUUGAGGCUAUGUGAAUGCUUGCCCAGAGCUCUUCAAAGUAUGUCUUUCUUUCAUUUUGCCAUUUAUGGUGCCAUCACAAGAAUCUCAGAAAGAUCCAGUAUAAAAGCCUGAAGGUUUGUGAAAUUCCCGUGUUAGAAUAUAUAUUUUAGAAGGUGUAUUAUGUAGGCCAGGAAUUGCCAACCUGGUGCCUUCCAGGUGCUGGACUCAAGGCUCCAUCACCACAACCAGUGAGGCUGGUUGUAUAAACUGUUACGGAAGUUUGAACAAGGAAGAGGGCACAGUCAAUGCCUCAAGCAGUGCCUGUCUCCGUUUCUGUAUAACUGCACUCAUCAGAGAAGUACCAGCUUUUUGUGUGAUUUGGCCUGGACAGAAAUAUUGCAGUCUCCAAGGUCCUGGCUAUUGUCAUACCUUUCUGCCUUAUCAGAGGCUUCUUAUUCUUUAAUCGUAAACGUAUGUGCAACUGUACACUUCCUUCUCUUCACCUAGGUACUUUUUGUUAAUUUUUAUCUACUAAUAUCAUUUAGCAUAAACUAUACUUAACUCCUUCACACAAUUCCAUCUCAGGGUCCCAUCUCUUUUAUCCAGCAGUCACCAGUCUUUUGGGGCCCAUCGACACAUUUGCAAAUGGGAGAAACUGUUGUAGACACUGCAUGCAUCAAGGCCUUUUCUGUUGGCUACAAAAGAAUCCUGCUUUCAUGCCUGAUUUCGGACAGCGGGAGAGACCCUCUGGGCACCAGAGGCGGCCUCUGCAGCCAUCUGUGUAUGUGUGGGCACCAUGCUGAUGACCUCUGCCUUAGGCAAGCUGCACCAUGUAUGUCAGGCAAUGGGACAUGGGUGUAACUGAAUAAUUAAGUGUUAUUAAAGGGAAAGCCCCAUAAGCCUGAUGAAGGAAGUGCAAAAUAAUUAUUAAGAGAGUGAGGCAUAAUAGUGAAGCAACGUAAAAUGUUGCAAGGGUGUUGGUCUUCAGCAAGGACAUAGCCAGGAUUUUUGUUGUGGGGUGCAGACCUUUUGUUAGGGGUGAAGAAUCUCGGUUUGCUAUGUAUUUUCAUGUAUUUUCAUUGAUUGGGGGGGGGAGCUACCCCCCCCCUUGGCUACCCCCUUGAUCUUCGGAGAAGACUCUGAGGCUGUGAAUGUCUAUUCAGGCAUUCUUCUCAGGCAAGGAGGAGGAGAGCAAGGAUGUGCUGGCCAGCUCCACCCUCUUCAUUUAAUCCCCAUUGCUGCUUCAGUUCUCUCCAUACAUCUGGAGGUCAAACAUUUAUAUCAGAGAGCCCACUAUACUCUCUGUGCGAGAGGUACAGAACGCCACACUAUCACAAAGACAGCAGGCUCUCCACUCCAGUUUGUGGAGUGCAGCGGCUCUUGCAGUGGGGACAUGAUGGAAAGGGUGGGGGCAGAAUGUCCCCCCCCACUCUAUUCCAGGCAUGGCCAAACAUGGCCCUCCAGAUGUUUUGGGACUACAACUCCUAUCAUCCCUAGCUAACAGGACCAGUGGUCAGGGAUGAUGGGAACUGUAGUUCAAAAACAGCUGGAAGGCCAAGUUUGGUCAUGCCUGCUCUAUUCUAAUCAUUGGGGGGUUCUUUCUGCUCUCCAUUGAUUUCAAAAUGGGCAGCACAAAACACUUGUGGGGAAAACAUACCCAACACUGUCAGUUUCCGUACUGGUUUUUGUUGCUGUUUUGUAAGGUUUGGGUGGAGCUUUGGAUUAAUUCUUGACUUGCUUGCUAGCACCCACCCUCCAGGAAAUAGAAAGUUUAGACUAGCAAGGACCAGGCUUUACAGGAUCUGCAGCUUACGGUUUUGUUUUGUUUUGCUAUCUGCUGCUGUAAAAGCUGUGAGUAGAUUUCAGAAGGCUUCACAUAACCCGCUUGGUCCCAAAUUGUAUUGCUGCUGUUCUUUUCCAGCCCCUUAAUUGUGGAAGAGCGAGAAACAUAGCUGAGUGGUUGCGCUACAUGCUCUGCAUGGAGAUGUCUAAGGGCAGAAGUCUGCUGGAUCAGGCCAGUCCAGCAUCUUGACCUCAUAGUGGCCCACCAGACGCCCAUGAGAAAUCCUCAAGCAGGACCCAAACACAAGAGAACUCUCCCCUCCUGCGGUUUCCAGCAACUGAUAUUCAGAAGCAUCACUGCCUGUGGAGGCAGAUCAUAGUUUUCAUGGUUAGUAGCCAUUGAGAGCCUUCUCCUCCAUGAAUUUGCCUAAUCCUCUUUUAAAGUUACCUAAGUUGGUGGCCACCAUUGCCUUCUGUGAGAGUGAGUCCCAUAGUUUAACUAUGCACCGCAUUACGAAGUUCUAGGUUCAUUCCCAAGCAUUUCCUGUUAAAAGGAUCUCUUGUUGCAAGCCUAAGAGACACUUCUUCUGCUUGGGGUCUUGGAGAAUAGCUGCCAGUUCAAAUAGACAGUAGACUGAGCAAGGUUGUUGUUGUUGUUGUUAUUAUUAUUUAUACCCCGCCCUCCCCAGCCGGAGCUGGGCUCAGGGUGGCUAACAUCAAUAAAAUCACAGUACAAACAUAAUUAGGGGGGGGACCAAUUUAAAAUACAGGUUAAAAUGCAAUUUAAAAUGCAGCCUCAUUUUAAAAGUAGCCAAUAAAUCAAGACCACAAGGGAGGGAAACAUAAGGGUCAUACUGAGUCCAAACCAAAGGCCAGGUGGAACAGCUCUGUCUUGCAGGCGCUGCGGAAAGAUGUCAAGUCCCGCAGGGCCCUAGUCUCUUGUGACAGAGAUAGGUUCAUAUAUAAUGUCCUCCGAUACUUGCAUCACCCUUGUUGUGUUCCUGUUCCUUCUUCUAAACCUGGGAGUUAUUUUCCACUACAUCUGAUGGGGAGGUAGUUCAUGUGGUGGUGCAUAAUUGUGGCAUAAUGAUGAUUUGAUGCUGAUUAACCUGUGUUCUUUCGAGCUUAAAGUUCAAAGCUGUUGUAAAAAGUCCUAAUUGGAAUCUCUUUGAAAGUGGGUUAACCAGGCCCCAAGUCUAUGUCUCUGCAAUUGGUAUCAUGAAGUCUUUUUCCUCAUAGAUACUCCUGUGGCAGCUGCUGUUGCAGUUAGUGUUGUAUUCAAGUGCUCAAGGAACUUGAAAAAGAAAGAUUUUGUUUUACAUUAAUGAAAAUUAUUUGGAAGACAUUCCAUGGGGCUGUUGCCGCUGCUCCAACUCCUCUCAGUCAAUCUUGCCAAACUACCUCUCACAGCUAACUGCCCACAGGCCUUGCUUGUUUGUGUAGUUUCAAUGUUCAGAUUCCAUCAAUUAAGCAAAGUUUCUGGAAAAGCCCUUCCCAUACUCGUAGCAAUCCUAAAUUUCCUUUUCAGUAUUCUGGUGCUGUUAAGGCUUCAUAUCUAAAGUGUACGGCUUUCACGCCCUGUUAUGAAAAAGAAUUUAAGAGUAAGAUUUUCCAGAUGAGCUGUAUUGUCUUUGUGUUUCUGUGUUUUUCACUUGAGUAACUGGAGAAGUAGAUAGAAUAUACACACAGAGAGACUUAUAAUCAGAGUAGGAUGAUGCAGAUGAAAUUGCACUGGUUUUAUGGUAUCUUGCUACAACCUAACUGGCUGCAAUCACAAUGUUUUUGAGCCGGGCAAUGCCACCCCCCAAAUCCAGGAAUUUCCAGGGGCAGAAGGGAAGUUCAGUGUCCUUCUCCCAACCAAGUUCAUGAGUACAAUCAUUUAGCUUCUCUCGUGUAAGAGAGUUUGUCUGGUGUUUCCAAAAGCAGCAUUUUCCUCUUUUCAGCGUUCAAGAUUUCCGAACUUAAGCUAGGGGAGUGGCUUAUUGGAAGCAGAUAUCUGCAUAUACAGGGUAGAGUAGGGUGUAUGUGCGCGCACCCACCCACCCCUUUUCUUGAAAAAUACUCUGAAAUGGCACAGGGCUCAGAUCAGCAUGUCCUGCCUCACCCAGCGGCUGCUGCAGCGUCUCAUGAAUGAAUGCAGGUCACUGGUUAAUACAGAGCACUUUGCAACACAUACACAAGCCAUCAGCCAUUUGUCCCCCCAAUUCCCCUGUUCACAAAAAUAAAUGCAAAAUAAUUUAAGUAAAAAACAGAUAAAUAUUUAUUACAAAAAGAGACGAAUGCUGUGUCCACUCUUGCGUUCUCUCUGUCUCUCUCUGUCACAAAACAAAUACUGAACAAACAAACAAACAAACAAACAAAAACACUUUACAAAGUAGGAAAUGCACCCUGCUGUUUCUCUGAUUACCAGAACAUGCCAAGAAUGAUGAGGAGGGGUGGACUCCAAGGAAACAGCUCUGAGCAUGCUCAGAGCACACACCUAUGAUUUGGAUAGGUCUACCCAGAGGCAGACCUUUGAAUAUUGCACCAGGACUGUUUGUGUAUGCUAUAGAUGUAUGCUAAUUCCUAUGUCCUGGUUGGCUGGAUUGCCCUCAUAACAACAGGAGGGAGUGGUGAAGCUGCUAGGACUAACACUAAAGGUAAAGGGACCCCUGACCGUUAAGUCCAGUCACGAAUGACUCUGGGGUUGCGGCACUCAUCUCGCUUUACUGGUCAAGGGAGCCAGCAUACAGCUUCCGGGUCAUGUGGCCAGCAUGACUAAGCCACCUCUGGCGAAACCAGAGCAGUGCACGGAAACGCAGGUGGCGCUGUGGUCUAAACCACGGAGCCUAGGGCUUGCUGAUCAGAAGGUUGGCAGUUCAAAUCCCCACGACGGGGUGAGCUCCCGUUGUUCGGUCCCAGCUCCUGUCAACCUAGAAGUUCGAAAGCACAUCAAAGUACAAGUAGAUAAAGAGGUCCCGCUCUGGCGGGAAGGUAAAAAAAAAAAGGACUAACACUAGUAAACUGCUAAUAUUUCCUAUGGUUAUUCUGCCUGGACAUAGCAGUGGCAGUGUAGUUUUAUACUGAAAGUCACCAGUCAGCUCUCUGCAUUGCCUAGAAUAUGCAAGAAAUGUGUAUCUGAAUUUAAAUGGAAGGAUAAUGAGUGUAUGGGAGCCAGGAAAGGUACUGGCUUUGAGAUUUUGUGAAUUUGGUGACAACUUUGCAUGAAAUGCCCCUUGAUAGGGCAGUAACCCAGAGCAUUCCAGACUGUUUUCUCUACUUUGCCUCACCCCCAAAGUCCUUUAAUACUGAGGGGGCAAUCCUUAGCAUAUCUGUUGAGGGGGGAAUAGGCUUCUUAAUCUUUCUUCUUUUCCCCCAAAGCUAGGAUUCUUUGCCUUCAGAACAGUCCCUCUCCCACCCUCUCCCUGGCUUCAAGUACACCUACAAGCACAAAACUCAUUUUACUAUUCUGAUUAGGGCCCAGACCAAGUUGGUGUGGUUGUUGGAGAGGUUGUUUGUGUAAAAAGUAGUCCCGUUUUCUGUGUAGGAUUCCUUCAGAGUUCCUUGCGCGAAUCAUAACAAAUCAUUGUAAAACUGACCUCCAAGAUGCUUGUUGAGUGUUUUUGGGGUGAGGGAAUCACUGUAUAUUCAGGGCAGAUAACUAGUUGCUGGUAGAGGGUUUUUGCGGGGAGUGAAAGGCAAUUACUAUAGGAGCUUUCUAAAUUUUGGCCCAUCACACUGCUGAGUACAUCCUUACAUUCCCAAUCACCUUUGUAAUGGCAUGUGAGAUGGGGCUGCUGUUGAAGACCUUUUAUUCAUUACCUUUUCCUAAUGCAGACGUGUUUGCCAACCUUUUUCCUGGCUACAUUCACACAUCACAACAAGUCAGAUUUCUGGCUGAUCGUGUUAUUGUGCAUGCUGCCUGAUCACUCCUGCUUCGCUCAUCUCCUAGCGCUGGUGGAAGAAAUAAACCACGCUGCCCAUGGCCAACAAGCCAGAAAGCCUGGCUUAUUUUGAUGUGCACAUUUGGCCUGUAUUUUAGAAUGGUGACACAGCUGUUCAUUUUGGGGCAGGUUACUUGGAUCGAGAAGCCAUCCAAACAAUGCCAGGUAUACAAUUUUCUCCUGAAAGGGAGCUUCACCUCGGAUGCUGACAAACGUUUUGAAAACACCCCUUUCUAGAUUUGAUUGCCUGAGAAUUUCUUUCUUCCCAGAAGUUCCUGUUGUAUACACUUUAGAGAAAACUUGUGGGGCAGGGGGAUUGUAAGCAGAGCCAGUCAUAUUGGUUGGCACUGCUGGGGCAGCUGCUAAGGCCCACAUCCCAGCAAAGGGCCCAACACAGGAGCAAGUCAGUGGAGCAGCUGUUACCACUAUUGCCUGUUUGCUCAAUCAUACUCCCCACCACCACCACCCCUGCCACUGCCACCAACGCAAUGUCGGUGAUUUUAUUCAAAGAGAGAGUGAGAGCAAUUCAAGGAGUUGUAGGCAUGCUGAGGAUGUCUUGGAGAGGACUCAAAAUCUGGACCCUGUGCUACUCAUCUUAUGAGUAGCAAUAGGACGUUGAGACUUGGCUGCACUUGUGUCUGGGACUUGUGUAGGGAGGUGUGUGUGUGUGUGGUUUUUGUUGAGAUGGAACAAACUGUCUGGUGUUCUGCAAAACCAACUUGGCGACCGAAGCUUGUGUCCCAGAUUGCUUGAGAGCUGCCUUCCUUUAAUGUACCCACAGCGUCUUCUGCGAACACAUGUUUUGCUUGCUCUUGAACUUUUCUGGCAUAUCCUGUGCCCUCCUGAAUGUUCGCUGGCAGCCUGAUCCCUGGGCACCCCUCGCAGUGCUGUGCAUGUAUGAGAGGGAGCGAGAGAGGCGGACUGACUAUGAAUAAGAGUGUGUUGGGAGCCGUGUGCGGACAGCAAGCCUCCCCUCCAUCCCUCCCCCUUUUCCCUUUGGCUAGCUGCUCCAGUUCUGAUCUCCUUAUUUGGCUACACUGUUCCCAAAGAAGGGGUGGGGUGGGCUGGAAGGGGAGGGGAGGGGGAGCAAGGGAGAGACUGGGUGACAUCACAGAGCUCGGAGCCGCAGGAAAGAAGUUGCUUCGGGGAGUGUGUGUGUGCGUGGAGGGGCGGAAUCACCACGAAACACUUGAGCCAAGCUCGUUGUCGGCAGUUUCUUAAAAAGGAGAUGUCUGUACUGGAGACCUUUGUUGUGCUCUGUCCGGGAAGCUCUCUAGCCAAAGGAGACACCUCUCUGUUCUCAGCUCCCCCAGGAGCAGCUGGUGGGGCUGCCACAAAGCAUGUUGUUGCAAAACACUUAGCUGCUCUGGGGGAGCAAAGGGGAGUGGGAGUGGAAGUGGCAGGCACUAUUUCAAGGCCCACUGACACAGCCUGGCUGGGGAUGGGAGUCUGCGCCCAGCACACAUCUCCCAGAGAUGUUUCUGAAGACUUGGGCCAUUGAGAGUACCUCUGAGUAAUGAGUCCCAAAGGCUGUGUGUGUCUGUAUCUGUGUUUUCUCCUCUUUCCCCGAGAUGCCAAAUCAUUGUAUUGUGGAAAAUAAGGGGAGGAAAAGCCAAGCAAAGGGCCAGCUUUAAACCAUCAAGUCUACAACCCUCUCCGCACUUAGCUGGCAGUAAGCCCCAUGGAAUUCGGCGGGACUUACUUCUAAGUAGACUUGGUGAGGAUUGUGCUGUAAGUCAAGUUUCAGUUUUGAAUUCAGGGGUUCCUAGAAUCAUAGAAUCAUAGAGUUGGAAGAGACCACAAGGGCCAUCGAGUCCAACCCCCUGCCAAGCAGGAAACACCAUCAGAGCACUCCUGACAUAUGGUUGUCAAGCCUCUGCUUAAAGACCUCCAAAGAAGGAGACUCCACCACACUCCUUGGCAGCAAAUUCCACUGUCGAACAGCUCUUACUGUCAGGAAGUUCUUCCUAAUGUUUAGGUGGAAUCUUCUUUCUUGUAGUUUGGAUCCAUUGCUCCGUGUCCGCUUCCUGCCAGUGUUCAAAACUCCCAUUGUUCUAGGUGCAUUUUGCGACAGGGAAUUUCAUUAGCGUGAUCAGUUUCUGAGCUCUGGGCGCAGUACCACACCUAAGAUUUCAGAUUAAAACUGCAGAGUGGAAGGAGAGGAGGACCUUUCUGCCUCCCCACUUCCAGCUACUCUCUGAAGACGAGACCCUCUUUAGAAUAUUGGGGGGGGCAGGGGAAGGACUAGAGCACGUGAAAAAUGAGCAUAAUAUUUUAGCUGCAGUUCAUUCAUUUUCAGCUUUGUAUUCUUAUUAUAAAAAAAGUGUGCCUAGACAUUCCGUUGUUGCGCCCAUAACCUAGGUUUAAGGUGCCAUUUAGCUCCUAGCUUUCAUAUCUCAGUUUCAAACACUGGUUCCUGCAUACUAAGUGCUAGAAUGAUUAAAACAUGUUGGUUUGCAAUUAAAACGAAUCUUCAUACAACUUAAGAACAUAACAUGCAGCCUACAUGCACUGUGGAGUUAUAUCUGCUUAGAAGCAAGAGAUUGGUUUCUGUUUAUUUCUCUCUGAUACUGAGCGAGAUCGCAUUCUCUGAUACUCAAGCAAGAUUAAGACUGCAACCCUGUGAACAUUUGCUUGGAAGUAAGUUCCCACUGGAAGUGGAAUUUACUUUUAAAGUCAACUUGCAUAGCACCAGGCCAUAAGUGUUUAGAACUUACCAAAGGUAAGGGCUGGUAAUUGGACACAUUAGUGCAGGAGUCAGCAAACUUUUUCAGCAGGGGGGCCAGUCCACUGUCCCUCAGACCUUGUGGGGGGCCGGACGAUAUAUUUUUUUGGGGGGGGGGGAACGAAUUCCUAUGUCCUACAAAUAACCCCGAGAUGCAUUUUAAAUAAAAUGACACAUUCUACUCAUGUAAAAACACGCUGAUUCCCGGACCAUUCCGCGGGCCAGAUUUAGAAGGCGAUUGGACCGGAUCCGGCCCCCUAGCCCUAGUUUGCCUACCCAUGCAUUAGUGUCUUUCCAUGAAAUGGAAAGUAAAUUUCUAUGUUUGGUAGGUAGAGUCAUCAAUAUUCAUUAGAGAAUUAGAGAUCUUCUACAUAAAGCAGAAGUACAAGAUCAUGAUGCAGGAUGGCAGAUCCUGGUUCCUGGUCCGUGUGAUUAUCCUGGGUCCAGUAGGAAGCCGGCAAUAAUAAAUACAGUAUGUGGCAAUAUGUCUUUUUUAUAUAUGCUUAACCUCAGAAAUGAGAUCUUUUUUUCUUCAUGGUUUUUUGCAUAACAAAGUUGUCUUUACCAAAAUGGCCUGGUUCCUCAGAAGUAGUAAUAGACAGGGGCUUUCCUGAUUGCCCCCACUUUUCCUGAUUGGGAAAGACUGUGGUAUGAGGUGAAAAUCACCUCAAAUUGAGUGCAGACACUUUCUGUCUACAGCUCUCUGAAACUGGAGCAAUUACUCCUUCCUGCUGAUCCGACCCCAUUCUGGAGGGUCCUCUGACACUCCAGGAGAUGCUUUUCAGGAAACUCAGGAGACUGCAGGGUGAGGGCAGGAAAAUCCCCUCCUACCAGCCUCAUUCUUAAAGUAUUUCUUAUUAUACAAGCCACUGUGUUUGAUAGAUGCUUAUGAUUCAGCAUUCAAAUCAGUAUUUAAUAUCUAUGAUCCAGUAUUAUAGUCAGUUACUUUUUAAAAAGACACUUGUGGAAAAACUUGAUUAAAAUUGAGAAAAAGCACGUUUUAGUGUGGCUGCAUUUUGAACAUGGAUUAUUAUUGUUGUUGUUGUUGUUAUUUGUUUCUAAAGUUUUCUGUCAUGUUGUUUUGUGGGUUAUUGUAAUGGUUUUUAUUGUGAUGCAUUGUUUUCUGAUUUUAUGUCAUGCUUUUGGCUCUUAAUCUUUUGGGCAGUCGCUCAGAGACUAUCUUGUAGUGAGAGACUAAUAAGUCAAAUAAAUAAUAAGAAAAAGGUAUUAUGCUGUGUGCGAUGGGGUUCAAAGAAACAAUGAUUUCAAAAAUGUUGUGUUGUGUGCCAUGGGAGGUUAUCUGACUCUCCCUUAUACUAAGUGAGGCUGUUUAAUUAAUCCCUGCUUCAGCUCAAGUAACAUGUUAGGGAUUGAGUGUGUGUGUGUGUGUGUGUGUGUAAGAAGAUGGGUGACAUCUAAUAUAGCAUGAGCAGCUGUCCUCUCAUGCAAUGGCUUCUCUUUCUUUUUCUCCCAUCUCUCUCCCCAAAUCUGCUUCAGAAGGUUAGGGGACCCUCUGAAACAGAUUUUAGGGGCUGGGGAAGUGAGAAAAGAAAGCACAAGUCCCACUGUGUAAAUGGAUACACAUCACUGAAUAUCACCCAGUGUCUCUUCGUUUCCUUAGUCAAAUGUUCAGAUUAUUGUAAGAAUAUCACAGUAAUCACUGCAAUAAUGGUAGCCUUGAAUGAACCAAUGGGUUUUGGAUUGUAUGUUCUGUGGCUUGGAGAACAUCAACACAGAGAGACGUGAAACAUGUAUAUGUAGAAAAUCUGUUGUAUGUCAAACACUAAAAAAACCCCACACUUGGCCAUAUUGAUUUCCAGACAUUAAUGCCAAACUCUCUGUGUGUGUGUUCAAAAGAUUCAUGUUUAUAAUGCUUUUGAAGGAUGACCAAGCCCCCAACAAGAGAGAGAAAGAAAAGACUGACCGUUCACACUUCUCCAUUACUUUUGAUUGAAAGAGUACAGUUGUAUAGUCUAGAAUUAUAAAGGAGAACUCGGAGUCCGCAGGCGUGGUUGAUUAAUCAGCAAACUUUUCUUGCCCUUAGGUUGCUGAGUUGCCGUUUGGGGCUCAGGGUCAGAGCCCAGAGCAGCCAUCACAAUAGCGUCCAACAGCUGGAACGCCAGCGGCAGCCCCGGGGAGGGGCGAGAAGAUGGACAGGAGGGGAUGGACAAGAGCCUGGACAAUGAUGCCGAAGGAGUGUGGAGUCCAGACAUUGAACAGAGCUUCCAGGAGGCGCUGGCAAUAUACCCGCCAUGUGGCCGGCGGAAGAUUAUUCUCUCGGACGAGGGCAAAAUGUAUGGUGAGUGAGACCGUGUCAUGCUUCUAUGUUCAUGUGGCUUAAAUCAGAUUCCAUGCAGGACACCCAUUCAUUGCACAUUGUCCAUUCAGAUGGCCGCAGCUUUGGAUAUUUAUUUAUUUAUUUAUUUAUUCACACCUUAUCCCACCUUUCAUUGCAGUUGUUCAGUGUGAUUUUCAUCUUUUCCCUCUUCCUUUUUACUUACAAAUAUCUCGAGAGGUAGGUUACGGUUGAGAGAGAGUGACUAGCCCAAGGUGAGAUUCGUGACUGAAUGGGGAUUUGUAUCUGGUCUCACAAGUCCUAAAAAGGUAAAGGUAAAGGGACCCCUGACCAUUAGGUGCAGUCGUGACCGACUCUGGGGUUGCGGUGCUCAUCUCGCUUUAUUGGCCGAGGGAGCCGGCGUACAGCUUCCGGGUCAUGUGGCCAGCAUGACUAAGCCGCUUCUGGGGAACCAGAGCAGCACACGGAAACCUUCCAGCCGGAGCGGUACCUAUUUAUCUACUUGCACUUUGAUAUGCUUUUGAACUGCUAGGUUGGCAGGAGCAGGGACCGAGCAACGGGAGCUAAAACCGCUAUACCACAUUGCCUUCUGUAUCUGAGGAUUUGAUCGAGGAUGUCUUUCAUUAUUUAUUUAUCAUCUAUUUACAGCCUAAAAUAUUAUGGUGUAAUAGCCACCAUGUUUCGUUUUGCAGGCACAUACCAAAUCCCUUCAGCUGCUGGCUAGGGAGAUCCAGGUGGGGGAGUAGGAAUUUGCUUCUUAUAAACAUUCUUAGUUUUAAAAUAUGUACCUCUGACACACAGGCCUUAGAUGCUAAAAGUGUGUUUUGCUUUUGGCACUUCAGGAUGUUUCUUUCCAGUCCGUGUGCCUGACUUGGUCCCUGCUGUGUUUUAUCUCCCUGAUCGCUUUGGCUGGUAAUAAAGGAGAUGGACUACCCAAAGAUCAUCCUGAGAGAGGGGAGAUGAAGUGUUUGUGGAGGUGGCUGUCUUGGAGUGGAUAAAGAACUCCAGGGUAGUGCUGAACUCUUCUUCCCUAGAUUGUUGACUCACAUCUCCUUUGUACUUCCCUAGGUCUACAUAUCCCUCCCACUCCCUUAUGCCUCAUCUCUCCUCUCCCUCCCACUCUUUUCUCUGCCUGGCUUGACUGACUGGUUUGGUAAGCUCAUUCCUGUCAAAGUAGAGAUUGAUUUUCAUCUGCUUGAGGAUCCCACAUGCCUGCCGUUGGGUGUGAAAGAUGGUGUUUCUUCUCGCAAGCAAAACACUCUAUUCUCUUUUUUUAGGUUUAUCACCUUCCUUGUAUUGGGGUUUUAUUAAAUGCCACAACAGGGUCUGCAUCUGUGAUUUUCUUGCUUCUCAUUAUGAUACUAUGACCUCAGAUAGGCUAGGGCUGCAAUCCUAUACGCUCUCACUCCUGAGCAGGCAUUUAUAGAAACACGCUGGAAUUCCAAUGAAACAAACUCUCCCAUCUUUCAGUUGACUUCUUUGUGCAUUUAAUGUGCCCUCAUUAAGUUGGUGACAUUACAAAUUCAUACCCUUAGCUUACCCCCGGGGUAUGCUUACUUAUUGUUUUAUUUUAAAAUAUUUCUAGACUGAUUUCCUGGGCCAUCCCCAUCCAAAAUGACUUACAACAAUAAACUACCAUAAACAAUCAGAAAUACUUAGAGAUAUUUUACUGUAGUGCAUUGGUGGGGAACCUGUGGCUCCCCAGAUGUUGUUGGACUACACACCCCAUCAUCCCUGACCAUCAGCUUUGCUUGCUAGGGUUGAUGGGCAUUGGAGUCUAGCAACAUCUGGAGGGCCACAGGUUCCCAGUGCCUGUGUAGUGUGAGAGCUCGGUUAACUGAAGAAGGCUCAGUUGUCGGAUAUUAAUUUGUUGCAAUUCCUUUUCUGUUUUUGAGUUUGUAUACACAUUCUGCUGCAGAUUUUAAUUGUCAUGGUUUUAUGCCAAGCUUUGAGAUAACCAGCCUGCAUCAGUUGGCUCCAGUAAAAACCCAAUAGCCGUCUUCAUCCACCGCCUCCAAAACAGAAGUGCUUUACUUGUGUAAGCAGUGUUACAUAGGAGCCACAGACUCACAAGAUCACAACUCCAAUGUUAGGUUGAUAAGAUGAGUAGGUCACUCAUAUGGAUAGGAAUUUUUCUCAGGCUGGCCCCUGGCAUCUUGUUGGAACCAGCACUCAGUGUAAAAAUGGUUUCAUCUGGAAUGGGAGGGAGGAGAGGAGAUUAUGCCUUAUCAGUUGCUGUUGUGAAAUGGGCGGUAACGAAGACAAAAAGGCUCAUACACUACACAACAUAAGCUCUCUCGCUUAUGAAAGGAAUGGGUUGUAGAUCCUGAAUUGCUCUAGAUCAGCGGUUCUCAACCUGUGGGUCUCCAGAUGUUGUUGGACUACAACUCCCAUCAUCCCUGAGCUCUUGCCUUGUAAGCUAGGGGUGAUGGGAGUUGUAGUUCAACAACAUCUGGGGACCCACAGGUUGAGAAAGGCUGCUCUAGAUACUUUUAUGCAAGGUGAGGAGGUGAAGAAGAAAGGGCAGCUUUGGUCCUUUUGCCAUUGAGAUGAUACAUUUCUGAACUCUGUGCCCACCACACCUAAGAAAGCAGUUAAAAAGUAAAGGAGGGAGGAUGAGAAUGAAGGUCCCUGACUCCUGAUUGGUUUGAAUGUGAUAAAUCCAUGUUGCCACCAUAAUUGGCUUAGUUAAGUAAUUCUGUCAGUCUCCUCACAUUUAAGUAAACACAGAAGGAGAGGUAGGGGUGGACUGCCAAGCUCUGCCCCUUCCACUGUGUUAACGUGUCCCAAUUCAGAGCCUUCCACAAGUUUGAGGGUGAGGAUCUGAAGUGGGAUGCUGUCUCUGGUCAUGAUUGUGCUGGGUUCUUCCAUGAAAGAAAGAGGCUCCUUGUUUCAGGCAGUUGCCCUCAAACUUGUGGAAGGUUCUGAACCGUCUAGGGGUGUCAUGUUGCAGGGGUGAAGCUUGGCAGUGUGCCCCUUGUGUCUUGCUUAAAUGUGAGGAGAUUGAAUAGCCAGAUAGGGCUUGAAUAUCUUUCCUCAUGCCAGUGCCUCAGGUUGUGGUGGCAGUGGCGAUCGUAGGGUUCAGGCACAGUUUCACCCAAACUGUUUCGUGUUGCUGCAGAGUGAAAUGUUGUAAACAGACACGUAUUGCUGCUUCCUACUCAUCAGCUCCUGCUGUGAUGUCAUAAUUCUAUGUUUGUGACCUCAAAGCACUAUCUCCAUAGGAAUGGAUCAUCCUGUUGACAAACACUGGAUUAAUGACCAUGCUGAAUGAGUCAGGGAUCGGAAGAGAACAUUGCCUGUUGUUUUAAGUGCAUAAUUGUUUGUCCUUUUUUUUUGGUUAACAUUGUUUGAGCCUCCCCAAGUGUAACUGCUGUUCUCCUCCUGGGACACUGGCCUCCCAACCGUGCAGUAGCUGCUUUAUCUGUGUGCAGCUCCUGUAAGACUGUGAUAACCCUAGAGGAUAGCUCAAUCUGUAAUACACGAGGCUCUUAUCCUCAGGGUCAUGGGUUUGAGCUGCACUGGGGUUGGAUUGGGCUCAUGGUCCCUUCUAACUCUGUGAUUCUGACAUUGACAUGAUUCCAGCCAUGACUCCUUCCCACAGAAUUUGCACCAUGGAAGGAGAGAGGAGAGAGGCUUCCCAAUUCCAUGUACAAAGGUGCAGAUGGAUAGAGUCAUGCAGUUUCAAUAUUGUCCAAAAUUCUCAUGGAUAAACAGUUCCCAUGUAGCUGGGAGAAUAGAUAUACAUAUUCAGCAUAGUGCAUGGAUGCUGAAAAUGAUUGGCUAGAAUUGGUAAGGGAUGUCUUCCUCAAGUUACGUUGUCGCCUUUAGUAGUCCUAGUAAAGGUAAAGGGACCCCUGACCAUUAGGUCCAGUCGUGGCCGACUCUGGGGUUGCGGCGCUCAUCUCGCUUUAUUGGCCAAGGGAGCCGACGUACAGCUUCUGGGUCAUGUGGCCAGCAUGACUAAGCUGUUUCUGGUGAACCGUUUACCUUCCCGCCGGAACAGUACCUAUUUAUCUACUUGCACUUUGACGUGCUUUCGAACUGCUAGGUUGGCAGGAGCAGGGACCGAGCAACGGGAGCUCACCCCGUCAUGGGGAUUCGAACCGCUGACCUUCUGAUCAGCAAGCCCUAGGCUCUGUGGUUUAACCCACAGUGCCACCCGCAUCGCAGUAGUCCUAGUAGUUCACCAUUAAAAAUGGGAGUGCUGCAGGUAUCCAUAUCCUGGAAAGCCUGCCCCAAUCCUAAAUAUAGGUGAAUAGGUUGUGGUUACCCAUUUUGAGAGAACUUGUUGUGUUCAGUGGCGUGUUUUGUUAUUCUUCACAUGUUCUAGUGCUGAGCCCUGGCACUAAAUGCAUACACCUGAUGUUGAAAUCUGGCCUGAGUAGUUAUUUUAGCCCUGGGGUUGCUAACAUUUUUGGACUUGUAGACCCUUUUGCAAACCAGAGAAACUGUUGAAGACACAACCAAGCACAUUCCACAGCCUAAUAUAUUGGCUACAACAGAAUGCUGCUUUCAAGCCUGGUUUCAGCUGGGAGAGGAGACCCUGGUGGCACAUGUGUGCCUGCGGGUGACAAAUUGACGACCCCUGUUUUAUCCACUUUACUUAUAUUUUUAAUGUGGCUGAGUACUUGUGCUCCUGCCAUAACUGUUUCCCAUGCCUUCUUACCAGGAGCCUGCCUAAAGGGGAGACGACACAUUGCACCUCCCCUCCCCUUUUGCGCCCCCAACAUGGCCCAGGGUCUCUCUGACAGGCAGGGGUGGAAGCUUUCUGAAGAGGCACAUUUUUUAGAUUUCUCCAGGAAUAGCUGGAGUGCCGCUGGGGAGCUUGGCCUUUGUUCAUCAAGCCCAAGUGUACAAACUGGUUUUUCCAGCCACUUGGAGACAUCUGGCAAUCGCUUAAAGAAACAGCAGCCCUGUUCUGCUUCUGCCUUUUAAAAAUUUGGCUGCUCUCCCCUCCCCAAUCUUUUUUUUUUUUAACCCUGUUUUACACUUUACCCCACCUCUGCUUUUCUUCACUCUCUAGAAAUCUCCACUUGACUGCAUGUGCAAUAAGAGCAGAGCAGCAUAGAGGUUGUUGGUUUUUUUAGUUGGCCUCUCUCCCAGAGUAUGACUGGAAGGAAAGGGGACACGCCAUCUGCGCUUACCUUUUCAAGUGAGUGAGGAGAGGGAAGUCUCUCUUUUAAUUGGCUGCAGUACCAAUAGCCUGCUUGUUCCAAGACCUGUCUUGAUGGGAGAAGCUGUCUUGGAAGAGGACCACUGGAUCUCUGAUCCCCACUUGUGCCCAUCCUUAACCUUACUUGGUUAGAAGAAAGCUUGAAUCACUCAAGUGCUCUGCCACAGAUCUGUUAUGGCCUGGAAUGUUGCAGCUUUCCUCUUUUGCCUGGUAGACCUUGCAACAAACUCAUGUGGACUAGGUAAAGAAAUGUAAAGUAGCAACACUGAUAGCACCAUAUGUUCAGGGCACAGGCUGGAGAGGGUCUUGUGAGUUCCAUCUUCACAGGACUUUGUUCUAAACUUCAUUUUAUGUGUGCAACGCUUGCUGUCCAUAAUGAAUGAGUCGGAGCUGGCCUUGUGGUAUUUGGAAGGACAGUCCCUAUCAGGAACAAAGACAGCUUUUACCAUUGCAAACAGUCAUGGGCAACAAAGUAAAAAUAGAGUUGCAUGUCUGCUCUACUACUUGUUGCCUUUGUCUCCUUAUUUAUAUUGAAUAAUUGAAUUAAAAGUUAAUCUGGAUUGUUAAAAUUGUCUGCCUUAUUGUAAAGUCUUAGUCCUGAUUUUUAUAGUGUUGUGGCCAGUGGUUGCUUUAUAUGUUAGUUUUUCCCUGCUUGCAUUUUAAGGAACAAUUGUAAAAUGGCUGAAGAUGGGCAGCUUUAUGACCUGGAAAUAUAGGCAUUCAGCUUUGGCAGUUUGCCUGUUGCAUGUCGUUCAUCUAUAUCUACUGGGCCACAUGCUAUAAAGAUGCACAUUCUUGACCAUCUUUCACCUGAUGCUUUUGCGUGCUUAUAAAUAUGGAAGUAAGGUUAAAUAACGUAGAAAGCAGCAGACAACACUCAGUUUUUCUGCUGUGAAGUUACAAGUUUCUGCUCUUGCAAGUAGCAACUUCCAGUUUUAUGAAUCCUUAUUGCACUUUUAGUGAUGUAUGGAAGUGAGAGCUGGACCAUAAAGAAGGCUGAUUGCCGAAGAAUUGAUGCUUUUGAAUUAUGGCGCUGGAGGAGACUCUUGAGAGUCCCAUGGACUGCAAGAAGAUCAAACCUCUCCAUUCUGAAGGAAAUCAGCCCUGAGUGCUCACUGGAAGGACAGAUCCUGAAGCUGAGGCUCCAAUACUUUGACCACCUCAUGAGAAGAGAAGACUCCCUGGAAAAGACCCUGAUGUUGGGAAAGAUUGAGGGCACAAGGAGAAGGGGACCACAGAGGACGAGAUGGUUGGACAGUGUUCUCGAAGCUACCAGCAUGAUUUUGACCACUGCGGGAGGCAGUGGAGGACAGGAGUGCCUGGCGCGCUCCGGUCCAUGGGGUCACGAAGAGUCGGACACAACUAAACAACAACAACAAAAUUGCACUUUAGUUCCUGUUCAUAUGUGAGGGCUUAUUCGCACAAAAUAUCACCACCCCUUCCCCUUCUCCCUGGUCUCAGAACUUCCUUGGGCAUACAGUUAUGUGGAUGAAUGUAGUUCAUGUACUAGUGAUAAUGGACAUGGGAAAAGUGCCCCCUCAAUUCUUGGGAAUUGCUGCCGGCCGUCUCAGAGAACACCCAGUUCGUGGGUUAAUAUUUUCCUGUGUGAGCACAAACCUAAGGAAAGUUGAUUGCGUGAAGUAAAAAAAAGUGCUGUGUGAACAGGGUCUGAGAGGUGAAGUUCCAUUGAAGAAGGAGCAGGAGUAGGUACUCCUCCUUCGAGUGGUGCAUAUUAUCCACUCUGGAACUGUAUUCACAUGAACAAGUCCACCCAUUUCCAGUGUGUGUGCACACAUGCAUACCAUAAGUGCAUACUGUGAUAGGAGUUGUGAGAUUUUGUUUACAACAAUACUUUCUGCCUUAAAUAACAGUAGAGGUUUUUUAUUCCCCCCCCCCCCCACGAAUGAUUUCUUAUUGAUUCUGUUAGUUUUGCUAGUUCAAGGAAUUCACAUAGCUUUAAAUGCCAUUCUUCUUUUGUCGCUAUUACUCUUCCAAUAUUUUGCUACAAGAAUCUUGGUGGCUGUAAUGACAUAAAGAAAAUUAAAAAUUAAAUUUAAAAAGAAUGGAAUGUUUUUAAAAAUUACAUGAUGAAGUAUGUUUCCGAAGAUUACUCUUGGUUGAGCAUAGACUAAAUUCCACAGAGGUAAGAGAAUGGGUUCCUGUAGGACAAGAAUGGACACAGAAAUUUUAAGAUAUGAGAAAUUAGGAACCGCAUAGUGGUAGAAGGAAGUCAUUAAACAAAUCAGGGAAUAAAAACAGAGAAUAGGCACAGAUAAGAGAGUAAUAGUAGUGAGGAGAAAUCGACAAGGUGAAGAUAAAAGGACUGCUUACUGGAAUUAUAUGUUUAAAAUAAUGUCAAUGAUGGUUUGUAUUUCCUAAAAAAAACCCUGUAUGUUGUUGAUAAGAUGUUUUGUUAAACUUUCUUCCUAUUUCCCCCCCAUCUUUUUCCUCUCUUCUACUUUUUCUUGUUUUCCUUUUUCUUUUCUAUUUUCUUUUUGUGUGAUUUUUUUCUUUCGUAGCAGAACAACGUAUCUGAUUAUGUGCAAUUUUUAAUGUGUAAAUAAAGAUUAUAUAUAAAAAAGUAGAGUUUGCAUCUGGGAUAUCCUUCUGCAAUGCCGCUUAGCAAAAUCCUUUCUGUGAGGAAUCGGUGUUGUUGAUACACAAAGAGUGUGCAGUCCAUACAGAAGUAGGGUAGCCAUUCAGGAUAAUCACGAAGGGUGUUCUGUGAAUGCGGCCUGGCCUUUCUGAGCAUUUUGGCUAACAGUUCUUAGAAAUUAUUUCUGCAAAAGGCUCCAGCUGCUUGUUAAGAAUAUGCCAUGUUUCGUACCAAAAAGCCUAGCAGCAAACUGCUAAAACAUCAUUGCUUGUGGUGCUCUUAGACUAACAGAAUGGUGCUCUUCAGCUGUGGGUAUAUAUAUUUUUUGGUCCAGAUUGAACUUGGUGGUGAGACAUUCCAUCCAUAGCUUUCCAGCCUUGGGUAGGUGGGUGGAUGAGAUGGGGGGGCAGGGGCGCAAGGGCUUCUGGAAGGUCAAAGAGAGCUUCAUUUCAGAGCAGGUGCUGGAAGCAGGAUGCCUCAGGAAUCCCAGAACACUGACGAGGCGAGCCGAACGCCUACGAUAAAUGGGUCAUGCUUGGCUGAGAGCGAGCCGGUUACUGACACAGGGGCUGAUCUCCCAGCUGCUGUGAAGAGCGGCUGAAGGGAAGGAGGGAGAGCUGUGACCUGUGGUAACCUAUAGCACUUGAACGGUGGCCAGUGUGCAAGAGCCAGAGAGGGAGAGAGAGAGCGAGAGAGCAGAAGGGUCUGGUCCGUGUAUGGCAAGGGGCAUUUCUUUCUCCUCCGCUGGGUUAGGAAGGGAGCUGAGCCAGGCACAGGGGAGGCUGUGCACUUGCCCCAGACAGCAGGUGUAACUUGAGUUGCGCUCCGCCUGGGCUGGUAUGCUGCCUGCUGCUGAUUGGCUGGAAGGUUGCCCCACUAGGUUAUUUUUAACAGAGCUGUCCAACUGGUUCACGUGGUGGUGUCAGGGAGGAGGAAUUUGGAGAAUGUAGUAAUUUGGAGGAGGACGUGCCCUCGGAGGGAAUGGCACAGCCUCUGGUGAAUCACGGGACCGGGACAGCUGAGCAGGGGCAGGUCUGCAGUGCCUGCCGGUACCAGAGGGAGACAAUUAGCCAUGGCAGGUGCCCUGGAGUGGGAAGAACGCACGCACAGAGCUUCUCAGUUGACUCUUUAUCUUCACGGCACAGAUAGGAACACAAAAUGACACUGGGAGAGAAGAGUUGCAAAAGCGGUUUCUUUGCAUAUGCAUCCUACUGCCAGUGCUCAUUUUCUUUUUAUCCGGCUUAUAUACAUUUUCUGAUUUAAAGAAGGUUUUACAGUCUUCUAGUGUGCUCACUUUGCAACAACUCUGUGAGGUGGGUUCCUCUUGUGCUUUAGGGCCAAGCUUAUAUGGUACGCAGGAGAUGCACCGAGGGCAGCUGCUGCUUUUGUGAACAACAAGCAGCCAUCAGGAGAUGACAGUUCGAUGGGAAGAGGGGUGGAGGGGAAUUUUGUGUAACCCUUUAUUCUCCAUUCAUUUCCCCCCACUUCUGCUCAUGGAGAAAAAUAGUACAGGUACCUGGACCAUAAAGUCCGUCCAUCCGUCCGUUCCCCCCCCCCUACUAUUCCUAAUCGCAGGCUCUUAAGGCUUUUGUUCAUUUUUAAAGAAGUCAGAUGGCUGCACACAUCUCUCAUGUAACAUCUAGUUUGCUUCUUAACACGUGGAGGGAUUGUGGCCUGACUUCUCCAAGCAUAUAUAAUGAAUAUUUUGCGUAAGCAGGACUUUUCCAUAUUUAAAUUCUGCUGUCUCUCUACUUGGCUGCAAUGCUUUACAACAGUGAAGAAUGUGUUAUGGAGAAGUAGGCCUGUAAUUGUUUGUGCCUCGUUUCAGUGAGGAAAGCUGCUUGUGUAUGCACGGUUCUUAUCUGCUUGCAAGAGAAUGAGAAAAUUGCACAGUGGUUGCUGCUGGCAUCCUAGACAUAGGUUCAUUAUUUGGGUAGGUUAUACCUUAUAUUGACAAUUACCAAAGACGUCUUCAUUGUGUUUAGAUUUAGCUCACAGUCAGUUACUUGUCUUGUCAUUAGAAGACUGUUUUGAGUGUAAAAUAAACAGGUGUGCUCUUAGAGACAGGCAUGCCUUGGUAGUUCUACUCAUCCACCCAUAUGUGUUGACAUGGACUAGAAAUGUUUAGCUUUAGACAGAAAGACACAAAACCAUUAGACCGGUUCAGACGAACAAUCUCUCUAAGCCUUAUGAAGUUUGUUUCAGUUCCCAUGUUCAGCAAGUUGGCAGCAAGGAAUAGGGGGCCAUGCUGAGUAGCCCAUGCUCUGAUCUCAUGGGCUCCUCUCCACACCACCACUCAUGCCUGUGUGUGUAGCACAGCACAAACAUCCACAGGGAGGGAUCCUUCACAGGUAUAAUUGAUAUGUGCAAAGUCCUGUGGGAUCUGGAGCACUGAACAACCAGGAAACUUUACGGUAAUAAGAUGAGCUGAAAAUUCUUUCAACAAGUUAACGAAAAUGACACUGCCAUAGACUGGACGGAUGGGGCAUUGAGAAGAGGAGGAAGACUGCUAAUGCUUGUUGGCUUUAUCUCCCAUCAGCUCAUCUACAUACUAAAAUGACAAGCACUCCAGCAAAUCAUCAGUUGGUUGCUGUGAAGGUGCUGGGUGAAGUUCUUUCUGUUGACUUUCCUUCCUAUCCAAACACCUUAUUUCCAGUUUUCUUGUAAACAGCACUCGCAAUUCUGUUCUAUAUCCAGGAUCUUAAAGGUUCCUGUCUGCUGUUGGCAUUCCUAAGGAAUGUUGGAACGGCUAAGGGAGCUGGGCAUGUUUAGCCUGGAGAAGAGGAGGUUAAGGGGUGAAAUGAUAGCCAUGUUCAAAUAUAUAAAAGGAUGUCACAUAGAGGAGGGAGAAAGGUUGUUUUCUGCUGCUCCAGAGAAGCGGACACGGAGCAAUGGAUCCAAACUACAAGAAAGAAGAUUCCACCUAAACAUUAGGAAGAACUUCCUGACAGUAAGAGCUGUUCGACAGUGGAAUUUGCUGCCAAGGAGUGUGGUGGAGUCUCCUUCUUUGGAGGUCUUUAAGCAGAGGCUUGACAACCAUAUGUCAGGAGUGCUCUGAUGGUGUUUCCUGCUUGGCAGGGGGUUGGACUCAAUGGCCCUUGUGGUCUCUUCCAACUCUAUGAUUCUAUGAUUCUAUGAUUCCUUUGUUAAGGGACUCAUCCAGAGUCAGUAGUUUCCUUGGAGACAUUUCUCUAUCCUGGUGCCCUUGCUAUUCCCAGUGGGGCCCAGACCUAAAAAUCAGCAAACACUGGCACUGAUUUGUGUUCUUGACAUCAAUUGUAAAAAUAAUUUUACCAAUCACCUGGGUAUAUGCUUUGCUUUUCAGGAUCCCAAUUUAAGGAUUUCCUUAUGCUCCUCAAAGCACACACACAUUGGUCCUGCCUGCUUUGUAAAAACCAAUCUGUUUGUUUCCAUCCCAUCAUUGUACCUCCCUAGCACCCACCCCCUGCUGCAUAGCAGAACUAGAGUCUUAACACCCAUUGUUUACUCCUAAACUGUUCUUGUCAGACUAGUUAACUUUCAGGUGUAUUUACCUACAGCUCUGUCUCUGUACUGAGUGUGUGAUGAAGUGUUGUUACUAGUAGUAACUGAUCUUUCAAUUCCUGUAAGUUACCUUGUUUACCUCUGUAUAAUUUGAGCAAGUACCUGAGUGAAAUCAACAUUUUGGUUUCUUUUAUUGACCUUUUGCUCUACUGUGCUUCAAUAUCUUAAAACAUCAUUUAUGGUUUAGAAGUUCGGGAAUAGGCUGAUGUGUUUUUCCAGUAGCUUGACUGUGUCAUGCUCAGUGUUUGACAUUAGCCAGGUGCCAGGCGCAUUUUGCACCUGGCUUUUGGCCACUUGCGACCAAGUGAAGAUACCUGGGUGCCAGAAUGGUGCCUAACAUCUCCACUGUCUGGAGGUGCCUGCGUCCUUGGAUCUUGACUGUUUUCACACACUCAUGCCCAUCCCGUAGAAUUCUAUCCGUUAUAUUUUACCUGCACAAUCAGAAAGAAUUUCAGAAACCAAAAAGCUUUUUCUGUGCAGCCUGAGCAGGGGCAGUGAACAUUAUAGCUAAUUGUUGUAGCAUGUCUUCACUUACCCCACCCCACUUGCAGUGCUCAUAGUUGCGAAGAAUAUUCUUACGUUAUGAAUGGUCCAUGUCACAGAUAAGAAAAAGAGGUCGGAAUAUGCCAAUAUAAAUAUGGACUCUCCCUGGAUCAAGUGACUUUUCUUCUUUUAAAUUCUCAAGUGCUUAACCUAGCUCAUAGUUGUCCUCUGAACUGGCCAGAUGUUUGACUGAGAAUCAAUCACAAUCAGUCCGUCAUUUGAAAAACAAGACUUUAGAAUCAUCUGGCCCCCAAAUGGCAACAAGACAUUCCUUUUUGGCGACUGUAACUUUGGUUUAAGGAACCAAUUGGCACCUAGCUUAUAUAUCUGAGUUUCUAACGCUGGUUGUGCCUGCCCGGCCAAUGCCUAGUAGGGAAGAGCAUCAAAAGUAUUUUUUGUUUCUUGAGUUGGAGAGACCUGUGCUGCCUCUGUUCAGGGUACAUGCCGAAAGAUAAAAAGACGGCUGAAAUCUCUAGCUCUGUUGUAAAUCUCAGUUUAGCUGCUGCUGUUCUGAUUGGAAAGAUAAUGGCGGGAGUUUGGAGCCUUGUUAUCAAAGUGGCAAACAUAGCAUGGUUGUGGCUAGGGAUCUGUCCCACCUUCCUUGUAAUUGCAUUGCUCCCUUUCCCCCACACUAAGCCAAAGUUGAGGAAAGAAUUGGUGGCCUCAGCAGCAUGGAUAGAGUGAAGCAAGUUGAUAUUUCAUUCAUAGUAAAUUUAGUGUCUCUUCUUUCCAUUUUAUUUUCCAGCAGCAUAGUAACCAAUCAGAUGUCACACCUAUGAAGGUGCAAUAAACAAUUAACCCAGUCAAUAUUAUAAUCCAUCCAGCCAGUGAAAUGAUCAAUUAAUGUACUAUGGUUAUGAUCCUGUACUUGCUUACCUGGAAGCAAGCUCCAUUGGACUCUGUGUGAAACUUAAUUCCAAGUAGGCAUGCCUAGGGUUGCACUAUUCAAAGAGAAUUUAAAUGCUGAGCAACGUUAAGUUAAGACAAGAUAUCCAACUAGUGCUGUGAAACCAUGAGUCAGUCCAUUAAUUCAUUUCUCAACCAGUAUAGCAAUCAGUUAGUUGAAAAGUCAGUUGUUGUUCAUGAAAUAAACAUCAGAAAGUUGUCAGUGCAGGGUUAAGUGCUUCUAAAACCAUUAAAACGCUGAUCUAAAAAGACUUCAGUUUACACACCUGCCUCGUUCCCCAUCUCACAGUCUGUGUUGGCGUGGUCUCCUUCCUUAUGGUCUUCUGUUUUGGAAUGGCUCAGAUCCCAUGUGUGUUUAUUAACACACAUGAGUAUGCAUGUGGUUGCAUGCAGUGGCACUGCUGCUACAAGCAGUUGCAAAGUAUUAAAUAAGUCCAGAGUAAGUUGACAACAGACCUCGAUGAAUUUUGCACAGGAAACCUGCCUCCUUCUUACCCCUCUCAAAGAGGAAAGGGGAAUGAGAUGCAGCAAAUAACAAGCAAUUCAUCUAAGCUGUUGAAGAAUCACAGCAAGCCCAGAUUCUGUAUCCUUGCACACAAUUCUUGAACUGUGGCUUUCUGGCCAUGUUAUUUUGCUUUUCUCAGUAUCACAUCAAAAAUAAGAUUUGUUUGGGCAUGUAAGAGAGACUAUCUGGUAACACUAUAAAGGUAGCUUCCUUUUUUAAAGAAAUAAAACAGAAGUGGACCUAUUGGUAGUACUCUGAAUUGACUUUUAAGAUGGUGAAUUCUAAAAGCAAGGGGCAGGCAAAAUGUCCACAGGGAAAAUAUUGAAUUGCAAAAGUUUGUAGAGCAUUAAACAGGCAAAAUUAUUUUCUCCCAAGCGGUGGGCAUGCAGUUUGCAUCCAUGGAAACAGUGAUUAAGUCAGCACAGGACCUGGACAUCCUGAGUCAAUUAAAACACUUCCCCUCUGAAAAGAAGCGUUCCUUUGAUCCAUUGUGAUGUCAGAUCCCACGUGGGGGAGAGCCAGUCAAAAACAAUGAAGUUUUCUAGUUAAGGAUCAGUUAAUGAAUUAUGCAUACAAAAUAUAGGGAGGCAAGUAGGAGGAAAAAGAGAUUUGUUGAACUCUGCUUAGCCAAAAUUGCCUGCAUCCCCCAGUUUAUUUGUACAGUCAUACCUUGGGUUGAAGUUGCUUCAGGUUGAGCGCUUUCGGGUUGCACUCCGCGGCGAUCUGGAAGUAACGGAAUGUGCUACUUCCGGGUUUCGCCGUUCGCGCAUGCGCAGAUGGUCAAAAUGACGUCACGUGCAUGGGCGGAAGCAGCGAAUCGUGAGACGCGCGGACACAGGUUGCGUUUACUUCAGGAUGCGAAUGGGGCUCUGGAACAGAUCCCGUUCGUAUCCAGAGGUACCACUGUAUAGCUCUUUCUCAGAAUGGCAGGUGGGUCAUGGGUGGCCAACCUUUCGCAAGCAUCAAGGCAUUUGAAGCACACCUGGACCAAGGGUAGGAGGGCUUGCAGGCAUGGCUAUGACACGGAAUCAACCCCUUAGCUUGCCUGCUGCUCCCAUGCUGUGCUGUUGCCUGCAAUAGCCCAGACUGGAGGCAAAACUUCACUGUGGGUUUAAGAACUAGUUAGCUAUGGCAGCCCACAAUCUAUUGCUCUGGAAUUGACAUUGGUCACCUUUGGGUGCAGUUAUUUCAAUGUUUAACGGGCAGUCUAAUCUGGAAACUUUUUUGAACCAAUAAAUAGUUGACAGACAAUGUCGAAUAAUACUUUUGCUAGUCUAAAAGGCUGAAGAAUUGCUGAGUUGCACAGCAACAUUUGUAUCUUCAUCACACCAGAAACACCACUUUCUGUGUCUAUAAAACUGGGCCCUCUGUCUCAUCCUAGCAUGCACAGGUGAGUGGAGAAUGAGACUAUCAAUGCCAUGAGUGGUACGCUAGGCUUUCAUGGGGUUUGUUUUAGUUUUGUGCCUCAUUUUCCACAACUGUGAAUCAGGUGUGCGUGUGCGCACGUGCACAAGGGAGACACAGUGCUGGAAUUUAAAUAAAAUAUUUGUGAAUUGCUUAUAAUGCCACAUUAGUGUAGUGCCUGGGGGGGAAUGAGGGGAAGGGUCCCCACAAAUACAGCUGUUUGCCCUUCUGGAGUCGGAGGCCUUACUUGCAGGGCACCCACAGCCUUGUCUUAAUUUCAUAUAAGUGGAAUGGAGUGAAAGCCAAAAUGGAGAUGGACGGAUGAGCGGAGAAAGCCUUCUGCAAUCCGUCCCUUUCCUAACAGUAGUGAGUGCAGGUGUGACCACACCCACUUUUGGUUUGGGCUCGGUCCCUGACUGGCUUCAGUCCCCCACCUCUGAAGGAAUGCAGCCCUCCACAGGGCUAGGUGAAGUUUCCCGAUUCCUGGUCUGUCUAUUCCUUUUUUAAAAUAUACCCAGUUUUUGACUGCACCUGGAUAUAUAUUUUUAAUAUAUGUGGCCAUGUGAUAAUUUUAGCUUAUACUUUUUAUUGUUUGAUGUCUUAAUUUGUAUAUUAAGGUACUUUUAAAUCUCUGUUUAGAGUAGGUAAUGUCUUGAUAACAUAAACGUUUUACGUUUUUUGUAUCAAUCCAGUAUAUUUUCUUUUAAUUGUUGAAUGAUUCUGUGUACAUUGCGGCAGCCUUUGGCUAUGUGCAAUAAAACUGACUGACUGACUGACUGGAGCUCCAAGUGGCUUACAAAAUUCGAAACAUGCCACGUGGAAGGCUUAAACAUAAAAGAAACAUCGCAGAACAUCAGUCUAUUGCUCUAGAAAAAGAGGUGCCGGAACUCACCAUGAACACUUCCCUCGUUCUCUUAGAAUGGCAAUGGCGCCCACCUGAGAGGUGCCAGAACUGAGUUCUGAUGAGAUCCGGCUGAAAAAAGAAAAGCCCUGCAGAACAGAAUUCAUGGUGCAAAGGCCUCCUGGAAUAAAAUCAUUUUAACCUGAAAUUCGUCAGGGACUGUGCCUGCCUGAUUUCUAGUGGGGAGGGAGUUCCAUAGAAUUGGACCCACAACACCGAAGGCACGACUCCUCAGCUAAGUCAAGCGGCACCAUGCUGAUUUGAUUGUAAAGGGUACGCCGGCACUUGAGUGGUUUGCGGAGCUAUUUGGGUCCCCCAGUAAGAGAGACCAAGGCCUCUGGGGCCUGCUUUUUCGUUUGUUUGUUUUAAAGGCGUGCCAGGAACUACAGAUAUCAAGGGAUGUGCAUUGAGCCAGCUGGCUUUUAUAAGGGCAUUGUUACUCCGGUAUAGGGUAUCAUCCUCCUCUGUCCCUCUCACGUGGUGCUGCUUGACCCUGUGGAGCACCUGGCCUUGUCUGUCCAAGACUGGGAUUGUGUGUUGGGGUGGGGAGCGAAAGGAGUGGGUGAGGGGCUGUUGUGUGUCUUUAUUUCAAAGAGUGAAGCCUCUUCUCAGAGCGGACAUCCAGUGGCUGUCGUGAAAGGAAUACAGGGCAUUGGCAUCGCCAGGGCAGCCACAGUUGCUCCAGCUUUCUUUUUUUAAGGAAAAAAUAAAUAUAUUAUUAUUUAGAGAUCUUCUAAGUUAGCUGCAAGGGCAUUUCAGGAAGCCUCAGCCACCACCAUCUGGUCCAUUAAAAUAAAUCUGGCGUGCUUCCCCGCCCCAUUCCCCCCCCCUCACCCCCACCAUGUUCAGAGGGGAGGGGAUGAGGGAAAAAGAGAGCUCCCAGCUGCUCUGACGUUUGAAUUUAGAUUGGCCACAGCUGGCCUGUAAAAUGUGGAGCAAAAGCUCUUCUGCUUCAAAUUAGGAGGAGGAGGAGGUGGCGGUUGGGAAGUUCUCUCUUAAAAGGCCAGCACCACUUAAAAUAUCCCAUGGGUUUGGGUGUCCUGUGUAGUGCCACAAAAUGAAACCCAAAACUCUGGGAGGGGUGUGUGUGUGUGCGCGCGCACACUCCAUAUCUUAGUCUUUCAUAACCAAAUCCUUGAUAGGUCACAAUAUUUUGAUAUAUUUUCCAUUGGGAUCGCGACCAAAGGACCCUUGUAAGGUUCUGGAGUGAAGCACACGUGUGAGAACUGGGGAUUGGGAAAGAAGCGUGCCCGGUUCCCAGCACAGCCCUCAGCAGUGGCCUCUUCGGCCUCUCCCAGCAUAGUGGGAGGAAAUUCUGUAACUGACACAAUGGGAGCGGUGCCUUCCCUGCUAGGUUUCUGGGUGUCCCGUGUUUGUGCCCUGCUUUCUGUGCUCACACCAUUAAAUUUCAUGUUCCUUUACCAUCCACGUGGUGUGCUGUUGUAGGUGCCUUGUUCAGUGUAUAAACAGCCAAGGCUGGGGGCGCUGCCUUUCUGGCUAACCUUCAUUUGGACAACUGUUGUGUUAGUGCCACCUUCUGGUAAAAUGUCAUUGAGCUAGGCCUCGUGCUCCUGUUAUUUUGUGGUUUUUGGUUUCUCAGAGUUAAGAGUUCCAGAAGGUGGUUCUGACUUCUCCGAGGGGACGGCCUUUAUUCAGCAGGUGGUCGGAGAAGGAAGGCAAAGCUCCAGCUCUCUCGUCAUGUCAUUUAUAUAUUCAUUUAUCCCCUUAGGUCGCAAUGAAUUGAUAGCAAGGUACAUCAAGUUACGGACGGGGAAAACAAGGACAAGGAAACAGGUAAAAAUGUACCUAGCUCUUGCCCUUUCCUUAAAAAAAAAAAAAUCAACCUUGCAAUAGGAUGACUGAAGGAGGAAGUGGCCUCGUGAAAUCACCCACAUGUGCACGUGUGUCUGUCUUUGUGUGUGUGUGUGUGUGUGUGUGUGUGUGCGCGCGCGCGUGUGUGUGCAUUGCCAUAAUUCAGUGUACCACUCAGAAGUGUGAUGAGGCAUCAGAGCUAGUAGUAAAUAUGUUGGAGUGGUCUGGGACAUCAAAGUACUUUUUCUGGCUCCGGUCUGUUGGGUACUGUUGAGAUCCCUGCUUCACAUACCUUUUUUUCCUAACAUAGGUGAUAGUUGCCUUAAAAGUUGGAGAAUCGACCUUGGCUUCAAUAUUUUGGGAUCUUUGGUGGGAAGUUACUGAAUAAAGCCAAGGGGUGUCUAAUGGCAACUGUAACUCGCAGGUGCCUUGAUGCAUCGCAAGCUCUCUCCCCCCCCCCCCUCUUGCAAGCACUCAUAAUUGGUGAAGGCUUAAAAAAAAAAAUGCUCCUUCCAGAAUUAGGUGGAGUUUUCGGAGCUCUGUAACUUCAUAUUCUCCCACCACAGCAAACUUACUGGCCCUUUUAUUGCCCUUCCAAAUUCCCUUAGAGGAGUAAAUAAUCAUUUUGUCUCCACCACUUGACUGGGAAGAAUCCUGAAGUAGGACCCCAUAGGUAGAGCUUGAUAGGAGAUGCUGCACAGCAUUGGGAGUGGUGAAGGGGAAGAUUUUUCUUUCAAAAAUAGAAGUUGGCCCCUAGCAACAAUUAUGCAUCCAUAAUUGUAGCUUCUAUCUUUCCAGUUGGCUGUGGGUGCUUUUUGAAUCUUGAAAACCACUCAACCUAAGGGCUGUACUGCCCACCCAGGCAGUCAGCAGUUUGGUGACAGUUCUAUUUACUUGAUUCUUCUUAUCAUGCUGUGUUCAUGUUCGGGUUGUCCUCCAUCAAGUUAACUCCACCACCACCACCAUUACUGGUCUUGAUGCUGUGUUAGGGGUGGGGCAGAGAGAGUAGGAGAGGGAGAGAGAAGGAAUGAGGUGGCAGCAACAAUUUUGGUCACAGCCACUCCUGGCACACAGUUCUUGAAGGGUUGGUCAAGAGCAAAUGCAGCCCUUGGGCUGAAACACCCUGUGUUCCCCAUCCUCCAUUUGCUCAUGAUUGCAAUUUGACCUGAACCCCCCCCCCAAAAAAAGGGGUAGAUCGCUGCCAGUUUUUUAUUCGGUGAGUAGAUCGCAGCCUCUUCGGAGUUGGACGUCCCUGGUCUAAAGUAUUUCUUCUUUAACCACAGCUUGUAACCACAGGACAAACCUUGGCUAUAGAAUGUGGCUAAGAAUGGUAGACCUUAACCAUGACCCCAGGUUUGGACAACACUUUUAAGACCUCAAAAGCCUGGAGAGGAGCAAAGUGAAUGCGAUCCGCUUGCCAGGAGCCGACAUGUUUGCACAUUCACACUAAGCUGUAGUUUGGCUUAGUGUGAUGUGCAAACGUAGCUAAAGACUUUGCCUGGAACCUGAAAGAAUCCUCAUGAAGGCACUCCUUUUUUUUUUUUGUAGCAAUGGCAGAUGUCCCUCUUUUUUGUAAUAGUCAACACAUUCCUGCUCUGCAAUCCAUUAAAUGGUUGCAGAAUUUGUAAUCUCAGAAUUCAUGGAGCAGUUGACAGUGUGUCAUACCAAAGGCUUAUCCGUAACAUCUUUCCAAAAGGCAUGGGAAACACACACUCAUGUAACUCUAGGACUGCCUCCUGGUGGGACGUACCCUGUAUGCUGGCUUGUUCUUAAAUACUCAGAUGAACAAUUGGCACAGAACCAAAGGCAUGGCUAAAGAGUUAUUCCUUGUAUCUUGGCCUCCCCACAAACACAUAAGAGAAGCUCAGGGUGCUUAGAUUUAAAUGGUGGGCAAGUGCAGAAUUCCUUCUGGAACUCCUAGUUCUCAUUAGCUACUUGUAGUGUAUUACGUUAUCAAAAUAAACUUGGAAAGGACCCUGAGAGUCAUCUAGUCCAACCCCCUGCAAUGCAGAAAUCUCAACACUCAGUCCCCCAUCCAGUUUGAUACCAUACCAGAUCUUGCUGAGCUUAGCAAAUGUGCUAGCAGUUUGAUUGCUGCACCACUUUGUAUGGUAUGUUAAUGAAAGUCAUUGUUGGGAGGGCUGAAACCUUAUAAAAUUCAUCAAUUAAGAUAUCACCAGCUCCCCUUUAUUUGUUUCUGGAUUGUUUCCUGCAUUAGGGCAAAGUUGGAAAUAUCAGGUCCAUGUCUGUGCUGAUUUUACCAGGCAGUAGUUAUGAUUGGAUGGAAGCAGAUCUUACGGAAUUAAACUUAGAGGUGCUAUGCAUUAUAUGUAUCUAUUAUACAGUCAUUCUUGCCUCUGCUUCAAGGUUUGCAGUCCUAACACUUUCUGGUGAAUCUAGGGAAGCCUUUGCCAACUCAGUGCCCUCCAGAUGUUUUGGACUAAAACUCCUGGCAGCCCUAGCCAGUAGCCCAAAAUAUCUGAAUGACACAUGGUUUGUGAAGGCUGCCCCAAGCUCAGACUUGCUAGUAGCACACUACUAUACACUCUAUGUUUUUGCAAAUGAGAGUUGUCCUUUUCAAUGGCAAAGCAUGGAUAGCCUCCAUUGUGAAAGAAAGUAGACUUAACUUGUCUUUUUUCUAUUGUUUGACUCACUGCAUGUGACUAGUAAUGCUAAAUCAUUGGAGCAGUGCUCUGAUAUAAAACUAAAUCCAUCCAAAGGCAAUUAAAGUAGACAACAAGCCUACACAGCAAGGAAACACCAGUCUCCAUUGGUUGUCUCUAACAUAGACAAAUAGUUGGUGUAGUCUUGGGUCUUCUCAUAUAGUCUUCAGAUUUGUCAAAUCUCCUUUCUGUGGAGCAUAUACAAGAUUCUGAUUUAUAUUUUGGUAACAAAGAGCUUUGUCUUGUGAUUCCUUUGAAUAUUAUUUCUGGAGUCAGGUUUAAACCCAAAAGAAAUUGGGUUUCUACCCAAAAUGUUCAUACUGCUCUCAGAGCCAUGGCCACAUGUCCAAUAGACAAUUUCUGCUCUCAAAGCCUUGGAUGCAUAAAAACACUGCCAUAUAUUAUUGCUUAGUGGUCAGUGGUAAAAAGUGUCUGUAUGCUGUUCUAGAGGGAUCACAGUAGGUAGACUUGUGGUUCUGUUUGCCUAAUUUAGUGGCAAUACUGAGGUUAAUUUCAAGCUGGUUUGAGUCCCUUGAUGUUUAACUUCUUCUAAGGCAGGAGAAGAUAAGAUUAAUCUUCUGUGAAAAGCUGUUGGUGAUUAUAAUUCCACACUAACACUUACUUACUUCUGUCUUGCUCUCUGAAUGAAGAGCUGGAAAAUAUUUAAGAACCAGGGGACUGUGCACUUAGGUUUUUGAGACCCUGAUUGGAAACUGUUUUCAAUGCUUGAUAUCCUGGGUUGUGUAUCAAUUCAAUUAGGAGAACUGAAGAAGUGCAUCUGGAUUUACAUGGCUAUGGAGAGGAGUCAUGUGGGUACAGAUCUGGAUCAGCAAAACAUUAUGUUGGGAAUGGCUCAUAGACUGAAGCAUGAGUGGUUCCUAAAAACAUGAUGAUCAGUAGUACAUAGAAUUCUCAUGAGAGUAAGCUACACUAUUAAAUGCUAUUUGCAAAGGAUAAAAUCCCCAAAUAUAGCACACUAUGCUCAAGUCCAUAGCAUUCAGUGGGUCUGUAGCAAUUUCCUCCAAUUGAGAGGUUAGCCAUUUCAUUCCAAUCUGUAUUCACUGCCAUUCAUCCUGAGUACAGAUCCUUCUCCUCUGGAACCUCACAUGGCUUCAGAUACUUGUUUGACUGUGUGUUGUGUGUGUGUGUGUGUGUGUGUGUGUGUGUCCAACCUAGGUGCUUGAAGCACUCUUGUCACGCAAAACAAUUUGGGAUCAUGUCUUCAUUCUGUUUGUGUUUUCCUUUUUGAAUGACUUGGCGGGGCGUAGGUGUCCAGCCACAUACAGGUUCUAGCUCGGAAGAAGGUGCGAGAGUACCAGGUUGGCAUUAAGGUACGUUGGAGACCCUGCCCAUGCGUCCGUGGUGUGUGAGCAUGGGCAGCCCCCUCUCCUUCCUCUCCUUUCCUCUGGUUGACGGCUCUGCUGUUUUUCCCCCCUCUCCUUCUGCUUUUCUCUCUGCAGGUCUCUAGCCACUUGCAGGUUCUAGCCAGACGGAAAUCUCGUGAGAUUCAGUCGAAGCUGAAGGUACGCGCUUCCCCGGCUUUCCCACCUUUUGAGCCAUGGCCAUGCUGGCAACUAACAUGCUGCGCUCUGUGGUUGCCACUCUUUCCCCCCCGCUUGUUGUGUCUUUGCUCCCCUCCCUUUGUUCCUGGGACCUGAUAAUUUUCAGAAUGCCGCUGAGGUGAGAGAGAGAAUCGGAAGGAAAAAGCAACAGAGCACUUCUGCGUGGCAGGAUCUGGCAAGGACAAGCCACCUCUAAACAGUCCAGUAAAGCUGUCCCUUGUCAGCUUGGAGAGUGCAUUUCCAGUCACAUCUGGAGCCUUCAGGUGGUGACAUAGCAAGGAGAACUUCUAGAGUUCUCCACAGUCCACCUGCCAUCUUUGGUAUAUCCAUGUAAGUGCUCCACUGUUGUUACAGGAACUGGAACCUUGCCUAAAUCAGGGAAGCCGAGUAGGAUCCAUGGCGGCUCAUGAAAUGUGCAGUCGUGGUAUUAAGCAGCCACUUCUGCUGAGCAACAACUGAGUGGAAGGGUCCCUCCCAGUAGAGGCAUAGGACAGAACACCCUUCUCCUUCUGUUUCCAUUCAACAGAAGAAGCCAUUUCCUUCUGCUGUGCUACUUCACUGUCUACCACUCUGUAGCAUUAAGGUUUUCUAGGUAGCGUUGGAGCUCUGGAGCAGGUUUUUGGUUUUUUAAAAUGUUUUUCAAAUAAGUGUUACUGAUGUUCAAUGAUGCAUCAAGCAGGGUUGACCAUUAAAGUAGCAGACCAACGCUGCAAUGAAACAAAACCAAAACACAUUCCCCCACCCCACCCCAAAGCAGAAGGGCCAGACUUUUGAAAAGCAUUCUGUACUGGAUGAGGAUGGGGAAGUAUACAGGGGGGAACCCCCAAAGUUUUGUAUGUACAAAUUCUGAUGGAUUUAUGCAGCUGAGGCUCAUAUAGCAGGCAUAGGAAUUUGUGCAAUCAGUGUCUCUGUCAUACCUCCAGUCUAUAUGGCCAACAAUCUUUAAUACCUGGGAGAAUAUUUGGCUAAGUUGGCCAGUGCAAUGGUACAAGGCGAUUAGGAUGGAGAUGCACAGAACCAGAGAUGAGUGUCUUCCAUCAUAGGCCUGCUCUUGCAGAUUAGGAUGCUUGGACCAAGAACAUGGGACCAGGAGCCAAGGAAGUUGAGCAGGGAUAAAACUGGAGAGCUUUUAUCCUGUGAUUGCCUUUCUUUCUGUGGUUGGCUUUUCUUUUCUUUUCUUCUUUCUUCUGUAACUGGAGAUUGGCUAACCUUUCCUAUUACCCUUUCCUCUGUGUGUUCUGUGUAUUGUGAUUUGGGUUUUUGAGGGGGGAGGGGGUCUUAAUGAAGGGUUAGUGGUUGAAGGGUAUUAUGAACUGAUUCUGGUUCUCUGUCUAUUCUUGUGGUUUGGCCUAUGCAUCGGAAAGUACCUAGAAAUUCCAAUCUUUUCAGCUGUUCAAAUUUAUUUAGUCCAAAAUACUCUCCCUUCCUUUUCUAGAGUCCACAAAGCAGGAGCUGCCAUUACCAGGUUGGGAAAACUCAUAAAUAGUGUGUCGUCCCUCCCACCAUGCCCUCAUUCCUCUACCCCAAACGAAGAAAAUAAUUGGCUGGUUUAUAAGAAGAUUAAAUUGUGUGCAUAAAGCGGCCCACACCCAAAAUUCAGUUAAUAAUAAAAACACUCACAGUUGAAGAACAGCAUGGAAUGGAGGAAAAUAUCUUUUUAAAAGGAUCUGUCCUGGUAGUCAGUAGCACACAUUAUAUGAUGACCAGAUGUAACUGUAGAACACUUUUACAUAUAUCUUAAUUCUAGUCAAUAGCAUGUCUUCCACAAAAGACAGACAAUACAUUGCCUGAGAGUUAGGGCUGGCAUGCUAGUCAACUGAUGCUUGUUAGAUUAUGGCAAGAUUUCGUCAAAUAUUCAAAGAAUGCCCAUGGCAGUGUUGUUGAGUUUUUAAAAAUUAUUAUAUCGUUAUGGUCUCAUUUGUUAAGUAGGGGAGGAACGAAUGUAUCUUGCCCCUAAGCCUACAGCUGACAGGGACAAACCUAGAAGCACAUCAGAGCUUUUAAUUUAAGGCAUAUCUGAACAGAAAUGCAAGCAGUCAUCAGUGGUAUUGCCUAGUAAGUAAAGUAUCCGACUAGGACGAGGGAGUGCUCAGAAAAUAGAUUUCCCAACUCUGUUCUUGCAGUACUGUUGUUGCAAAUCUAUUUGAGAGGAGCUUUUAAGUGCAUGCCCAUAAGUUCUGCCCUGUAUCGCUGAACCACUCUACCUCCAACCAGUGUGGUUUUGUGUUCUGCAAUGCCAGAAGACUGGGCAAAUCAGUAGUAUGCAGGUCCAGUUUACCACCUUGAGUCUUUAAAGAGAGAGCCAAAGGUAAACUGAGAAAACUGCAAAAGAUCUAUUGGCCCAUUUAUCUACAUCCAGGCUUAGGACUCUGCAAAUUAGCCCCUCACAAAUACUGAAGAAUCAUUUAACUCCCUAGGUACUUUUUACUCCCUUUCACUACUCUGAGAGUUAUGUGCACGCAACUCAAGAAGCCUAAGCUUGUCCACAUACAGCAACACACUGUUUAUUUUGUAUAGCUCUGCAGGCAGGAGAGUGCAGUGACCAGAUCUAGUGCAUUGUUUGCGCUAGUAACUCUGCAAUCUAUAAAAGAAUGUUGCUGUCAGUGCCCAGACCGGCAUCAGAUUUGGAGAACAACAGAACAGGGUGGUCUGUUCUCACUUCCUGCACAUCUUCCUUGAUUUGUAAAGUUGAAGAAGUUACCUAUUGAGAUAAGCCUCAUACCAUCCGCUCCUUUCUUCCUCAUUCCCGUUGUGCCACGUGCCCCAGAUCAUCAUGUGGAUUCCGUAAAACAGGCUGCAUUAGAAAGCAGCCUGGGACAGAUGUAAUUUGUUUACAAAAUGAAGUCUGACAUCCUGUGAUGCUUUGAAGUCCCAUUAUUGAUACCUGUUAUGGAUUAUGCAGACUCUCCCCCUCCCCGCAGUGCCCAUUAUGACAGCAGAGGCACUAACCAUAUUUCUUUUCUUUCCUCCCUCCUCUUCACACAGGCUAUGAACUUGGUAAGUGCACUUCAGUCUUGUUUCUGCCCCAUUAAGUGUUCUCUACUUGGUGAUUGUCUUUAUCCUUAUGCUGAGUGUUUAAUUUUGUUGUAUGCUGUGUGCUGCCUUGGUAUCUAUACUGGUGAAGGAGGGACCAUACAGCUUUUAAGUAAAUAAAUCCCCAUGAAUAGUAUUAGAGAGUGCAGAUGAGGUGCAGGGGGUGCUGGAAGAGCAAAAUUAAUAGCUGAGAUGAGCAUCUUUUGGAGACUUUGGACACAAAACUGGCUAAACACCAGCACCUUAAAUGGAUGUUUGUGUUCUCCUCCUUUGAUCUACAGACAUGUUGCACUGCUCUAAAGGAUUUAUUAUCUAUGACUAGUAAGAUCCCUGGAAAAAUGAGCUUGGGGGGGAGCGGAAGUGGCAUAAAACAGCUUGCUUGAAUGGUUCACUGCUAGUAUGUUUUGAUAAGUCUGAAUGCAGCUAACACAUCUGUAAAGUGGCUCACUGUCCCCCAUUAAUUUGUCUUUAGUGGGCCUUCAAGGCCAGUGUUAGUAACUCUCCCUUCUGCUUCUCCUCUUCUGUCCUGUUUUCAAGGAUCAGGUCUCAAAGGACAAGGCUCUGCAGAGUAUGGCUUCCAUGUCGUCAGCACAGAUCGUAUCUGCCAGUGUCCUGCAGAACAAGCUCAGCCCCCCUCCUCCACUCCCUCAGGCUGUCUUCUCUGCUGCUCCCAGGGUAAGGGGUGUUCCAACACUUUUCCUGCCUGGUUAGGAAGGUCAGGCCCAGAAGGACAGCAUGGAGUCGAUACUUCUGCAAGACAGCUGCUUCUCUUAUAGGGCUGGGUGACUAACGCAGAGAUGGUUCCAGAGAGGAUAUUUAUUUAUUUACUUAUCUGUUGUUGUGUUCCUGACCCAACAGGCUUAGUUUAAAUCAGACAUCAUAAGCGUAAUUUAUGUAUUCCACACACAACAUCCAUGUCUCCCUAAUUUUCAUUUCUGCCCAGUUUACUUAAAAAAAGAAAAAGAAAACCUAACUCAUGCUCUUCCUCCCAACACCUUUCACUGUCACAUAUGGGAAUGGUUCUCCAGUUGUUGUUAAAACUCCUUUGAGACUCAGCUGGCAUGGCCAACGGUCAAAGAAGAUGGGAGUUGUAAUCCAAUAACAUCUGGAAAAACCAAAGGUUAUCCAUCCCAGCCCUAAUUCUUCUUAUCUGCACAUGCCAUCAGCACCACCAGCAUAUCUGACCCACCCUUUCCCCUUGGUGGCUCACAAGAGAGUGGAGGACGUGUACUGACUUGGUGUGAAACUCCCAGCUGUAGUCUUGACUCUCCUCAGCUGUGUCGUGGUAUUUCCACACUAUUCUAAAAAACUGACUAGCCGUUGCCAUUCUGUAACAAUAAACAACUAAAACAAGCCUUUAACAACUUUGAUGAACCUGAACAACUGUAGCUGUGAAGUCAGAUGGUAGGAAUAUGCAUGACAAUGUUUUCUGUGUUCAUUUUUUGUUUCCUCAGUUUUGGAGUGGGCCUAUCCCAGGACAGUCUGGACCUUCUCAGGAGUAAGUGAAAAGCAAUUGUUACGUUUGGUGGAGAAUUAAAAGGCUUAGCAGUUAGAGGACGGUACUUGCAUAGCAUUUCUGAAUUGUUCCACAGAAAUAGAUGCCACAUUGUGCAAUCUUUCUCCCUCUCUCUCUCUCUCUCUCUCUCUCUCACACACACACACACACACACACAACUUGAUCGCUUAUGCUUCCAUUUCUAAACUGCUAUGUUCAUAUUCUUCCAAAGGGUCAUCUCAGGUAUGCAUAAUUGCAUGUGGGACUUGCUCCAAUUCAAGUCUCAUGUAGGGAAAUCAUUUACCGUAUUUUUUGCUCUAUAAGACUCACUUUUUCCCUCCUUAAAAGUAAGGGGAAAUGUGUAUGCGUCUUAUGGAGCGAAUGCAGGCUGCACAGCUAUCCCAGAAGCCAGAACAGCAAGAGGGAUCACUGCUUUCACUGCGCAGCGAUCCCUCUUGCUGUUCUGGCUUCUGGGAUUCAGAAUUUUUUUUUCUUGUUUUCCUCCUCCAAAAACUAGGUACGUCUUAUGGGCUGGUGUGUCUUACGGAGCGAAAAAUACGGUAUUUGAAAUCUCCUCCGUAUAGGGCCACACUGGGGAAAAAAUCAGAGAGAGAGUUAAGAUCAAGACUUCUUUAUCUGAUGUGGUAGAUUUUUGACAUUACACACAAUAUUCAUCGGGGUGGGGGGCAUGUCGGUGUUUCAAAUAAACAAUUCCUCAACUGCAUAUUGUCAGGGUUUGAAGGAUUAUCCCAGCUGGUAUCUUGAGAUUCGAGGGAUUGAACCUGGUACCUUCUGCAUGCGAAACAUGUACACAAAUGGCCCUUCCUUUAUUUCGCUAAGUCAGCAUCUCCAGUGGGGAUGCUUCACUGUUCAUGUAGCCAUAAUAAAAUGCACUAGAAACUGCAGUCCCAUAAACCCUCUUAAAGUAAUUACUUUGGGUAUCCAGAACCUCCUAAAUAUAUUUGUUAUUCUUCAUAGGAAACCGCAUAGCAGUUUACAAAAUCUAGUUGUGCAUAAAUUUUAUGAAAUAAUUAUAAAUAAAAUAUUUUUAUUUUAAAAUAAAAAUGAAUAAUAUAGUGGAAUGUUUGUUGGUCAGGUUCCUAAAGGUUGGUUACAUUAGGCCUGCAGAUAGUGGGGAAGGCAAAUGAGGGGGAGCCCUGUAAUGGCUGGUGGCGGUAUGUAUAUGAGAGGCCACCAUAGAGUUACCUUGAUGAUUUCUGCAAGACAUCUGCCCUUGGAGUAACUUAGGGUGUACGCAUAUAACAGGAACAUUAACAAUUUGACAUACUAACAUACUUAACACUAUUUUGUUUUUCAGCAUUAAACCUUUUGCACAACCAGCCUACCCCAUCCAGCCACCCAUGCCUCCAUCACUAGCCAGUAAGUGAUUUUGUUUCUCCAACUAACUGGUGCUCUGCCUCAUAAUGUUUUCUUGGCUCCCCUGUCACCGCCAGUACCCAGGCCUGUUUAUUCAUACAGACAAUUCUAGCUGUUUCCUCAGGACCUCACUGAGAGCUUGAACAUUUUUCUUGGCCCAGCCAUGACGGUGAAUCUCUUUGAUUUCAUUCAUAGAAACUGAAUGCCUUAUUGUCUGUUCCAAAAGGUUAGUUCUUUCCAUCCUCCCAUUAGCAGUGAUGGUACCUGUAUGUUCUCCCCACCCUCAUAGAGCUUUCAGGGUGCAAUUUAGAUUGGGGGAAAACAGUGCAGUGGAGAGGGCUAACCAUUUCUCCCUUGCCUGUUGCUGGCCUAAUUCAGCUCCCUUCCAUGCCACUUGCUAAGCUUUUCAAAAAGAAAAGAGGAUGAUCUACUCAUGGGUUUUCCAUCAUCUCCCUCUUUGCGUGAGAGGGAUUCUACCUUCACAUUUGCCUAGGAUGUUUCUGUAUGAUGGAGAUGAAAGCAGAGUUAUCAUGGACUGCCUUGUCUUCCCAACCAUGGUCACAUUUUGCUUGCAAGGAAAUAUGGCAAAAGCACUGAAAUAAAAUAUAAAUAAAUGCCUCUUUUUACACCUUAGCUGCUUCCAAUUUUUAAAAUUUGACACAGUAAAUGAUGUUUUGCAUUUAAUUAUUUGAGCAAAGCUUUUUUAUAUUUUAACUAGCCUCUAUGCUGCCCUUUGAUCUCUUCAUAUUACCCACAGAAUGUCAUCUGUGAGAUGGAUUGUGUAGAAGGAAGACAGUUUUUGUAGCAGGAAAUUAUGCAGUCAAUCAGGAAGCCCAUCUGUCCUGUCCAAUGAUCUUCUUGAUGCUCUAAAGUAGAGCUUUCUAAACUCUGUGUCGUGACAUGUUACUGUGUCCACUGCAGUGUUGCGCGAAUGCCCCCCACCCUCCUCCUGGGGCUGGAGAGGGGUUGGUUUAACUUCCGGUUUGCUAGUAAAACCGAAUUACUGUGUCAUGAACUGAUGCAUGUCUAAAAACUGUAUCACCAACAUGAAAAGUUUGGAAAGCUCUCCUGUAAAGACACCUCCAUGCUAGUAGAAGGGUAGCUUCUUGGAUUGCUGUAGUACUUGGGAGUUUUAAAUUGUAUUUUAUCUAGGGAGUAUAGUCUGCUUCAUUCCUCGUUGCUUCAUCUGGAGUUUAAGAGAUUACAACUUUUUUGUUUACAAACAGUCUUGCUUAACGUUCAGGGGAAAUUAAUCCAUUUCAGGUCUUCCAUCUUCUAAAUGCAUGGGCAUCCCAGAGCUAUUACAACUAUGAAAUGCUUAAAAAUGAAAUUUGAAUCAUUACAAUUUCAGAGAGUCCUGUUGCAUUAGAACUGCCAUCUGGGCAAUAAGGAAGGAAAUAGUCCUUGGCUUCUUGGAAGGAUGGGCAACUAGGCUAGAUGGGGGAGCAUUAAAGGGUUGUCCUCAUCUCUGCAGCUGAAACCUCCUCCUGCAGUGCUCAAGAAUGUGGCAACACUUUCUUUUUUCCAGGCUACGAGCCCCUGGCUCCUCUCCCACCUGCUGCCUCGGCUGUGCCAGUCUGGCAGGACCGCACCAUUGCCUCCACCAAACUGCGGCUCCUUGAGUAUUCAGCGUUUAUGGAAGUGCAGCGUGACCCUGAAACGGUAACUCUUAGGGGGGAAAUAUUUGGCGCUGCAGGAGCUGAUGGCAAUGGUGUUUUUCAGCUCUUACAGUGCAUUGGGUCUCUGCAGAAAACUGCCCUCUUUUCUAACCUACAUAAAGCCUGGCAUUCACUUACCAGCCCCAUGUAAUAAAUGCUGCCAGAGACUCAAGCUCUGGUCUCCCUGUGCUGUUUUGUGUAAUGUAGACACAUAUCACAUUGGCUGUAUUUUUACAGCUCUUUUGUCUAGGUUGGAGUCGCCAAUGGCAUGCAGCUUCCAUCAACUCUGGUUAUUACCCAUGCUGGCCUGAGCUGUUGGAAGUUGGAGCUCAACAACAUCUGGAGAUGUUGGCUGCUCCUGUUCUGGAUUGUGGUAGCUGGCAAUAAGGCAGCAGAGUUUUGAAUUUCGUGGCGUCAGUAGGAGUAUCUGAUUCCCUUUGUCAUGGCUGAAUCUUUGUAGUGAAGAACACUACCUUCCGCUCCCACAUUUUUUGCCGUUUGUGUUUCCCACCCUACAGUAUAGCAAGCACCUCUUCGUGCACAUUGGACAGACGAACCCCUCGUACAGCGACCCGCUGCUGGAGGCAGUGGACAUCCGCCAGAUCUAUGACAAGUUCCCUGAGAAGAAAGGUGGCCUGAAGGAGCUCUAUGAGAGGGGGCCCCAGAACUCCUUUUUCCUGGUCAAGUUCUGGGUAAGAAUCAUGCAGCCCAAAGCCGAACAAUGCCUCUGAAAAAGCCAUUAUUGGGCACUUCUUCAUCGGACAAGGCGGCUAAGGAAAUUAGACCAGAGGACCAUGGUUACAUUAUUCUCCUAUAUGAAUGUGGAUGAUGUUUGGACAAUGGGAGGGAGAAUGCUUUCUGGCCUCAGAUUCUCCACACAGCAGUGAGCUUGAUGUUUGAUGUGGUUUUGCCUGGCUUUAUAUGCUAAGCAGGCUUGACCCAGGCAUCUUGGUAGAAGAGCCUAAGGGAUAUUAAAAAUGAAAUGAAAUUCUGAAGGGGUCUGGGGGAAAGGGUUCUUCCUUUAGAAAAAGAGCUGCAUUCAAUAGCAUGUUUUGAGGUCUAAGCAAUACCAUGGGAUUUUUCUCUCACAAAUGUUCAUAGAAUCAUAGACUCUUUAGAGUUGGAAGGGACCCCCAAGGGGCAUCUAGUCCAACCCCCUGCAGGAAUCUCAGCUAAAGAAAGGCAGAUAGCAAUCCAACCUCUACUUACAAAGCUCCAAGGAAGGAGAGUCCACCAUCUCUCGUGGGAGUCUGUUCCACUGCCGAACAGCUCCUACUGUCAGAAGGUUUUUUCAAAUGUUUAGUCGGAAUCUCCUUUCUUGUAACUUGAAGCCAUUGGUUCGAGUGCUACCCUCCAGAGCAGGAGAAAACAAGCACGCUCCCUUCUCCAUGUGACAGCCCUUAAGAUAUUUGAAGAUGGCUAUCAUAUCUCCUCCCAGUCUCCUCUUUUCCAGGCUAAACAUACCCAGCUUCUCAUAAGGCUUAGUUUCCAGAUCCUUUAGCAUCUUGGUUGCCCUCCUCUGAACACAUUCAAGCUCCAACAGCACAUACUGCAAGACCAGCUGGUGUUUUAUAUUGACUUUGCUCUAUCAUCUGAAUCUGAAUUUUUUAAUGCCACUCUGGCAUUCAGCCUGGUUUGAGCCUCCUUUGGACCUGUGACUUAAUAUUGCCUAAAAGCUGUCACUCUCCCCUGCCGCCAAAUCUUAAAAGCUGUUGUGGUCCCACACUAAGCAUUUUCAGUUCGUCUUCUCAACCCUUAGCUAAAAAUACAUGAGCCAGUGUGGUCCAGCUUGGAAUGUUUGUGAGACUUCAUUUCAAAUUCCCUCUCACCUCUGGACUUGGGGCGAGUCACCUCCAUUCUCCAUCUACAAAAUGGACAUAACAGCAAAGAGUGGCAGUGAGGCUGAAUGAGAUAAGGGUUAGAAAGCAGCUUGCUAUUUUUAAAUACUUAUGUCAAUAAUUAGCAAUAUCACCAUGAAUACACUUCUCUGUUGGCAUCUUCGCUCCCCUCAGUGAAUGCAUCCCGGAACUCUUGGGUCAGAGACCUCCACGCCCCAAGCCGAAAGCCACAAUCCGUACUUGAUUUAUAACACCUCCUUCCUUGCAUUUGCUUUAGGCGGAUCUGAACAGCACCAUUCAGGAUGGUCCUGGUGCUUUUUAUGGCGUAAGCAGUCAGUAUAGCAGUGCAGAAAACAUGACCAUCACAGUCUCCACUAAAGUGUGCUCCUUCGGAAAGCAAGUAGUCGAGAAGGUGGAGGUGAGUCCUGCGCUUCCUUUGGGUGUGGUACCAGCAGGAAGGGAGUGUUGCAGAGUGGGUGAAGAGCAUAGCAGUUAAUGUGGGACUGGAAGUUAAGUUCUUGGGAAGAACGUACAGCCCAAGAAGAAAGUGCUUUGAGACACUUUAAGUGCUAACAGUACAUGUGUAAUAAGUAGCAAUGCAUGCGUUAUCAGAAUGUCAGUAUAGUCCUCUCUUCCUUUCCCCCUGCUGCUUAAUUAAGGAUAAUUAGGGUGUGCCACCUCCCCAGUUCUCCUACACCAAGCUUGAAUGCCAUUCGAUACACAAUAAUAAAUAAAUUAACAAAUCUCUCUCAUAUUAUUGCACCUUCAGUGACUUCUUUGUUAGGGUCUACAGUGGUACCUCGGGUUACAUAUGCUUCAGGUUACAGACUCCGCUAACCCAGAAAUAGUGCUUCAGGUUAAGACCUUUGCUUCAGGAUGAGAACAGAAAUCAUGCAGCAGCACCAGGAGACACAUUAGCUAAAGUGGUGCUUCAGGUCAAGAACAGUUUCAGGUUAAGAACAGACCUCUAGAACAAAUUAAAUUCUUAACCACUGUAUACCUUAAAAAGGUAAAGGUACCCCUGCCCAUACGGGCCAGUCUUGACAGACUCUAGGGUUGUGCGCUCAUCUCACUCUAGAGGCCUGGAGCCAGCGCUGUCCGCAGACACUUCCGGGUCACGUGGCCAGCGUGACAAAGCUGCUCUGGCGAGCCAGCGCAGCACACGGAACGCCAUUUACCUUCCCGCUAGUAAGCGGUCCCUAUUUAUCUACUUGCACCCGGGGGUGCUUUCGAACUGCUAGGUUGGCAGGGGCUGGGACCGAGCGACGGGAGCGCACCCCGCCGCGGGGAUUCGAACCGCCGACCUUUCGAUCGGCAAGUCCUAGGCGCUGAGGCUUUUACCCACAGCGCCACCCGGGUCCCUACUGUAUACCUUAUCGAUGCUUUUUCUGCAGACGGAAUUUGCCCGGAUGGAGAACGGGCGGUGUGUGUACCGAAUCCAUCGGUCCCCCAUGUGCGAGUAUAUGAUCAACUUUAUCCAUAAACUGAAACACCUCCCAGAAAAAUACAUGAUGAACAGCGUCCUGGAGAAUUUCACCAUCCUGCAGGUAAAUGACAUUUUCCUUCCAUCCUGAAUCCUUUCCAGCUGGUGCAAGGAGUAACUUCUCCUUCUGGAUGUUCAUAGUAGGCUUUUCAUGGCUGAAGAAACCCACUGGAUAGUUUCAGAUUUGGUCAUACUUGGAGUAAAAACCCAUUGAAAUAAAUUGUACAAGUUAGGUCAAUGGUUUCAAUGAGUUUACCCGUAAGUAUGACUAAAUCUGGGCCUGUAGCAGCAAAAGCAGACCCCUUCAUCUGCCCCACUUGUAAUAAAACCUCUCUCCCCCCUACAGCUACAAGCAGGUGCUGUAUCUCUCCAAUGGUUUGACUUUAGGCACACUCUUCCAUUGUCCCCCAAGACAGAUGGGUGCCAAUAACAAGGCUCCGACCAAAAUAACAAUUGCAUUCCUUUCCUCCUGUUGUUUUUUAUUCUACCUUUCAAUGUUAUGCUCAUCAUCUGCUUUCAAGAAGGCAAUGGUUUGUCAUGAAGACAUUUCUUAUGAGGAAAAUAUUUUGUUCAGCACAUGUGAGAUUCUUUGGCAAGGACAAGCUCAUGUAGUCUGUUCCUCAUUUAAAGUGCUAUCCUGCCAUCCAUUAUAUGUGUUGGCUCAGUUGAGUAACUUGCUGCAGUCCUUAAUCCCCACUUCAAAAUAUUUUUAUUUGAUCAGAUGGGCAUUUGUCUCAUCCUUGCAAGUAGAGAGGAGGUUAAUUUUACCAGUGUCUUAGAUUCAUUCUCAGGUGCAGAAGAGUGGUAAUGUUAUCUUCACCACUUCGCAGGUUAUAGGCAAUCCGUUAAAAGUUACCACUUAAAUCUUAAAUCAUUCCUGUCUUUAGAAUUGUGGCUUUGAUUUUUGAGAUUUUGUAAUUCAUCAAAUAAGUCCUACUGAAAUCAAGUGGAUAGAUGGUAAAAGUAAAGAAGAUUGAAAUAAUAUUUUGUACUUUGGUGCAGAUAACUACAUCUGUAUUAUGCUUGUUGUUUGUGAUGUGCAUGGUUAAAUUGCAACAGGGAAAGGAUCAAUCUUCUGCUUCCAUAUUUUAAAAGAGGCGGUGGCUAUUGAAAUAAGCAUGCUCUUUGCAGCUGUUGCAAUUUCCACCUUCCUCUCAAAUCUCAUUUUCAUUUUGUGUCAUGACUCUUCAGAUAGUGAUGUGCAAGCUACUCUGGGACUCCCUUUUCGGCUGAAGAGUGGGAGACAUUAAUUUUCUAAAGAAAUAAAGUACUCAGCUUCUGUACCUGAGUACAAAAUAUAGUAUGAGAGCUCGUACUAUAGGAACCCAGCUCAAAAAACUAUGCCAUUUCUCUGGUCUCAAUGUCUGACUUUCCCAGUCCAUCUUCCCGUAUCUCACGGUAUGUGUGUGUUCUUCUUCCCUCAGGUUGUUACGAACAGAGAUACCCAGGAAACCUUGCUCUGCAUAGCCUUUGUUUUUGAGGUAUCCACCAGCGAGCACGGAGCCCAGCAUCAUGUGUACAAGUUGGUCAAAGACUAG